AUGGAAGUGUCUUUUAGUUCUGACUCAGAUGAAGACGAAAUUACUGAAGAAGAACUUGACAAAUUAAAAGAGGCCGUAGAAGAGAAAAAGAAGCUGAUUGCUACAAUAAGAAACAAACCUUGGAAGAUGAAACAGAAAUUGGAGGUUCUCAAGUAAGUGCUUCCUCAGCUGGUACUGUAUAUUUAUAUUUAGCAAUAGAUAGCAAUUAACAUAUCUGCUAGUGACUUCAACCAACAAAAUAGAGAAGUAUGAAACAGUUAUAAAUAUGCAAUUUGAUGUUGUUACAAUAAAAGGGAUUCUCCAGUGCCAGGAAAACAUGUUAGUGGAAAUUACUGGCCAUGAGAAUUAGUUUAUGCUAAUGAUAUUCAUUUUACUGAAUAAAUUGCUGCCCAUUGCUAGUGAGGAACCCAGUGCAAUCACCAGAGACUUACGAUGAAAUAGAGAAUUGCACUACAAGCAAUGUCUUCUUCUCAUGAAUGGUACAUCCCUGUCUUCAAAUUACAGAGACUGAAGAUAUGAUAGCAACCGAUCAGGAGUAGGAAGAUCUGUAUUUAAUGAGAUACUGAUUUCUACUAUUAACAGAAUUGGGUACCAAGGUCAGUUAAGGGGCACUGACAAUCAUUAUAUGGUACUUUGCUAUGAGAGAAUGAUUUGAAAAGAAACAUUUGGUGUAUAUCAUGAGAAAUGUACUGUCUAGGUUGUGGAUAUUUUCAUAUUGCAAAAGUGCAGGUUAGAAAAAUAAGUAGUAAACUAUUUUAAAUAAUUGAGAUUUGAGGUUCUUCACAGUAAAGACAGUGAAGAAAGAAGACUACUGGAAUAUGGCAAGAAGUGGUCUUAGGUCAUAAUAAGGAAGGGAUAAGAAGUAAUGUUCUGGAAAUAAGGGAAUAGAUGCAAGAGGUAGCAGCUUUGGAGAACUUGUUUUGGUGGUUAACUAAUGGAAGGCUUUAGAGAGUUUCCCUUCUGCACCACCUCCACCAGAUACAUGACGCUUGGGAGGUAUGACUGUUUUAGUGUUUUCUAUUGAUAUGGUUUUGUAAUUAGGCCUGUCAUAAUUGUCAGAACCAGGCCCAAUUGGCUCUUAAUCUGGCCCUGCUUAUCAAUGUUUGAUGUUGAGCACUAACUUCACAAACUGUUUUUAUAAAUGAUUAUUUACUUUGUUCACAAUGUAGAUCAUUAUAAAACAUUUAAUAAUUGUUACUAUGUUCUCACUGUGCUUAUCAAUUGUUUUCUGUUAGUCUAUUUAGGCAAAUUCAAAUUAUACAUAAUUAGUCAGGAAACACUGAAAUAAGCAAGUUAUAAAAACUUGCAAAUCACACACAGAAGAGAAAAUAGCACAGUCAGUAAAAAAGGGGGACAAAACAUUUUUUAGAUACAUAUAUGAGAAAAGAAAAGUAAAACAAGGAUUAGUUAGAUUAAAAACAAAAGAAGGAAGGUAUGUAGAAGAGCUAGCUGACUGCCUCAAUUAAUAUUUUUGUUCAGUAUUUGCAGAUGAAAAUGAAGGAAAGGGGCCUCAGUUAGGAAAAAGGACAAAUAAGUAAUUUAUUACAUGUGAGUUUACAGAGGAAGAGGUUCUAUUUCAACUGUCAAAAGUAAAGACAAAUAAGUAAAUGGGACCUGAUGGCAUACACCCAAAGUUAUUAAAUGAGCUUAGUGGUGUACUAGCAAAACCAUUAACAGAUUUAUUUAACCAAUCAUUGUUAGCAGGAGUAGUCCCAAAAGAUUGAAAGGUAGUAGGGAGAAGUCGGGCAACUAUAGGCCAGUAAGCCUUACUUCAGUAAUGGAAAAGUAAUGAAAACCAUGUUGUGCCCAUUCACAAGAAAGGUACUAGGGAGUAAUGAAAACCAUGUUAAAGGAUAGACUUGUUGAACAUCUUAAAUCACAUGGAUUUCAAGAUCAAAGACAACAUGGGUUUACUUCAGGGAGAUCGUGCCAAACUAAUCGUAUUGAUUUUUUUGAUUGGGUAACUAAAAUAACAGAUCAGAGUGGUGCAGUAGACAUUGCUUACCUAGAUUUCAGUAAGGCUUUUGACACUGUUGCACAUAGAAGGCUUAUCAAUACACUGCAAUCUUUAAGUUUGUAUUCCAAUAUUGUUGAAUGGGUAAGGCAGUGACUGAGUGACAGGCAACAGAGGGUUGUUGUCAAUGGAGUAUAUUUGAAGCAUGGGCUUGUCACCAGUGGGGUACCACAGGGAUCUGUACUUGGACCCAUUCUCUUUAAUAUUUUUAUUAGUGAUAUUGCAGAAGGUCUUGAUGGUAAGGUAUGUCUUUUUGCUGAUGAUACUAAGAUAUGUAACAGGGUUGAUGUUCCAGGAGGGGUAAGCCAAAUGGCAAAUGAUUUAGGUAAACUAGAAAUAUGGUCAGAAUUGUGGCAACUGACAUUUAAUGUGGAUAAGUGCAAGAUAAUGCAUCUUGGACAUAAAAACCCAAGGGCAGAGUACAGAAUAUUUGAGAGAGUCCUAACCUCAACAUCUGAGGAAAGGGAUUUACGGGUAAUUAUUUCAGUUGACUUAAAGGUAGGAAGACAAUGUAAUAGAGCAGCAAGAAAUUAAAGCAGAAUGCUUGGUUGUAUAGGGAGAGGUAUUAGCCGUAGAAAGAGGGAAAUGCUCAUGCCAUUGUACAGAAUUCUGGUGAGACCGCACUUGGAGUAUUGUACGCAGUACUGGAGACCGUAUCUCCAGAAGGAUAUUGAUACUUUAGAGAGAGUUCAGAGAAGGGCUACUAAACUGGUUCAUGGAUUGCAGGAUAAAACUUACAAGGAAAGGUUAAAGGAACUUAACAUGUAUAGCUUGGAGGAAAGAUGAGACGGGGGGAUAUGAUAGAAACAUUUAAAUACAUAAAGGGAAUCAACACAGUAAAGGAGGAGACUAUAUUUAAAAGAAGAAAAACCACCACAGCAAGAGGACAUAGUCUUAAAUUAGAGGGGCAAAGGUUUAAAAAUAAUAUCAUGAAGUAUUACUUUACUGAGAGGGCAGUGUAUGCAUGGAAUAGCGUUCCAGCUGAAGUGGUAGAGGUUAACACAGUAAAGGAGUUUAAACAUGCGUGGGAUAGGCAUAAGUCUAUCCUAACUAUAAGAUAAGGCCAGGGACUAAUGAAACUAUUUAGAAAAUUGGGCAGACUAGAUGGGCCGAAUGGUUCUUAUCUGUCGUCACAUUCUAUGAUUCUAUGUUACUUGUAAAGCACUCAGAGGCCCUGGGUUGGAGUCUUUUGCUGGCACCCUCCAGAAUGUUUUUUAAAUAGUUCAUCUAUUCCCUAUUUUUCUUCUACUUCCUAACUCUCUUGUGUGUGUCACAUUGACUCAUUGUGUGUGUCUUCAUAUCCCAGUUACACUCUUGUGUUUCUCUUCUUCUCCUUUCACCCCCUUUUGUUUCUCUGCUUUCCUUUGUGCCUUAUCUCAGUUUAUGUCUGUCCUUUCCCAAUUAAUUUCUUCUGUGUCUCUCCUUACCCUUAUAUGUAUCUCCUUACUUGGUCUCAUACUGUAGCAUGCUAGGGGAAUUGAGAGAGGCUGUGUAUGAUAUUUAAUGAAAUUAAUCUUGUGGCAUGCAAACACUUCAAUCCACACUUAAUCUCCCGAAUCUUGCUGAUAUCUCCGAAACCUACCAUCUAAUUUCACUGAUUUAUUCCCUGUCUGCCAGUCAACCCCUUGAUUUUUCCUUGCCAACUCCUAACUUCACUAAACUCUGAAAGCCUGGCAUAUAACCAACAUAAUCCUUCCCCAAUCUGGUACACAACUUCCUUAUUCCCUUACUCUGUGGAGUAAUCUCAAUAAUAGCUCUUCAAUUUGACACACAACCUUUCUAACCCACUAACACAUUGUUAUGCUCCCCCUUAACCACCUGCUCACCUUCCUAAUCAAACAGACUUUUUUUCUCUUAUCCUUCUUCCAUAAAAUCCUUUACCCAUAUUCCCAUCAUUUUACCCCUACCUUACAGAUUCUGUAAAUCCCUUAACCCAGCCUUUGCAAAAUAUUUUAAGUUCCUAAUAUAUACUGUGUAUGUACUUUAGAUAUUAUGAGGGGAAACAUUCAGCCAACUUUAGUACAACCACAGGUGAGCAAGAGACAGCCACUGAAGUCUGAGCAAAUAAAAAGUUGAUAGUGAAGGGGGUAAUCGAACAUACAGUGUCAUGUGUAAUGUGUAUUUGGCAGGUUCUUGGCUUUUGAUUCAUAAAGUACAAUGUGGGUCAGUGCAUUUAAAUUUGGUUCACCUUUUAAUUCAAUUGCAUUGAUAUGUAGCACAUUUGUAUAUUGUUGUUGCAUAUUUUAGGGAUGCGCAGGAGUUUGUCGAGAAAUUUGAAGGGGCACUUGGUAAAGGAAAGGGGAAAAGGUUUUAUGCCUACAAAGUCAUGAUGCUAAAAGUAAGUCCUUUAUUUUAUUUUUAAUGUGAUGCUACAUUCCUAUCACUGUGUACAUUACCCACUCAGACAGUAUAUGUGCCAUUCAGUCACAUCCAUAUUUUUAUACCUAAUCAGCCCUGAGAUAAAAACAUUAAUGAUCUCCAAUUAUUUAGUUUCAAUAUUUAAUUAAUUAUACAAUUAAGCCAUACAUGUCACUACCUGUUGUAGUACUUUGUACUAAAUACUAUGUCGCAGUGGGUGGUUAAAUUUUGUGAAUAGGAUUGUGUGCCGGGAGGGGGUGGAGCGAUGAGGUAACAUGCGUAGUGUGCGUCCUCGUGGAAUGCGGCUGAGGGGGCGAUCGAGGGAGCCGACCAAGAACUGAAAGGAUGGCUCGAUCUACAUGGCAUGCUACUUUGGGGCUUUACAGAUCCCCACAUAACGACCAAAGAGGACCCGAUGCUGGGCUAAGAAGAAGGGAGCUAUUUACCUUUGUGCUUGACAGAGCUAUGCAAUACAGCUAACUCCUCCAUGAAUAAAGACAGCAGGAGGAAAUAAACCAGAUCCAGAGUGUAUUUCAAAACGCUAAGUGCCCAAUGAUAUUAAAAUGCAUGUGUAGAGUCAGUAGCGAAAUGUAAAAAUAAUGCAGUUUAAAUUUGUGGUCAGUUGAAUACUUAAGACCCUUGAGAAAGAGGGGAAAAUGUCGGACAACAUAAAGAUCAGAACUCAGUGGGCAAUAUAUGAUUUAAAGUUCAUUCAACCUUGCCCACAGUGCUGAGCUAAUUUCCUGACCUUUGUUAAGCCGGUUGUGUUAAUUUUCCUCUUGGUUUUUGUUUGACUUUUUUAAAAUAUUUUUUAAACUUAUUUAUUUUUUGGUUUGGUUUUUCUCUCUUGCUGUUCCUCCCAGCCCCCUUGUACUCCGUCCUUAUUUUUUCUAUUUUUCGUACUGAAUUCACUACUCUAUUAAAGCAGGAAUAAGUGAACGUGAAAUAGAAAAAGAAAGAUAAAAUAUAACGGAGUAUAAAAGUGGAGACAAGAAGGCAGGUAGGAAGGUGAAGAGGAAAAGGGGUCCAGAAAGAAAUGUUAAGGACAAAAGGAAUAUCAUACCAAAAUCAAAGAUAGCACUAUUCCAAAGAGUUUAUUAUUUCUAGAGAGAGAGUAAAUAAAGCAAUAAACAAAAUGGCUACUAAAAAGACACAACAUGGCAUGCAUUUGAAAAAAGAAAAGAAACUCGAAAACAAAACAGAAAAACGCCUUUAUUUUUUUUCACCACAUCCUCCAGGUAAUAAGUCAAACCUGGAGGAAUCUCUCCUGUCAAAUAUCCCAAUAGAGGGAUAUAUUAAUAAAGGAUAAACUGAGGAAAAUCAAGAGUCAAGAGAAAGAAAAAAUGAAUAUGACCACCUACUCAGGCACCUUGAUACAUAAUUUGGGAAAUUAAGAGAAGAAAUUCAAGUUAAUACCCUGGACAUUAAGAAAGAACUGCUGACUCUUAAUCUACAAAUACAAGGGAUAGAAGAGAAAUUAAACGGGAUGGAAUACAAGAAAAAGUCCACAAAGAAGAACACCUGGCACUAGAAAAAAAAUAUCUGACAUGGAGAACAAACUGAUAAACCUGGAAGAUAGGUCAAGAUGGAACAACUUAAGAAUCUCUGGGAAGGAGAGUCUAGGAAAUUGAUUAAGUACACAGGUAACAAGUUAAGCAAUGCACGAAGUGAAGUAUAAUUACCCUCAUAUAAAGGUCCACAGUAAUUAAGAACGAAAUAAUACAAAAAUGCACACUAAAUAAACAUUAAGAACAAAAGGAAGAUAUAGUGACACAGAAAGGUACACACCUACACAAGGAAAACAAAAAAAGGGAAACAGAAAGGGGACAGAAAAAGAGGAAGGAAAAAAAGAAAAGAAAUGAAAUAUUUAAUAGAGAGGUUAGAUUAGUUAUAAUAUACGUUUUGCAUGAUGAGGAAAUAAAGUAAUAGUGAGUAGAAACACUUAUAUAAUGAUUGAGUCAAUAAUAAGCUGAAAGGUGUUCGUGGUUUAGAUUAGUGGGGUCUUCUUUUGUCCCUACUCCUUUCCAUUAGUUUUUUUUCCAGGAGUGCCUUACGGUUGGCCCUCCAUAGAUCAUAUACCCUCAGCACGCUUUUUUCCACACGACAUGUGGGACCCAUUCCGAGUAAUGUUCUGUAUUACUUGAGACACUGUAUGGCGGGUUUUUUUGCAAUACAAAAUUUAUGUCUUAGAUUGAUUAAACAUUUUUGGAAAAACCCGUCGUAUUUUUAUGUAAACACAAAUAAAGAUUGUUUUCUUGUUUUUAAUAAAUCCACAGUAAUUUUUGGAGAGAGAGAGCCCCGAGAACUGAUAGAAAACUGUAAUUUAACUUAAAUUCAAUAAAUGCCCGCAGGAUCAACACACCCUGUAAAAGGUCUAUAAUUUUAGAUUUCUUGACAACAUUGGGUACAAAUCUGUGCCCUUCAAGAAACCCACUGGAUAAAAUCCAAUAAAAAUAAAAUAGGUUCAACAAGAUACCCCAUCAUUACAAGUGUGGCUUUGAAAAAAAAAAAGAAAAAAAAAAGUGUGACAUUAAUGUUAGAAGUUUUUUUCCCCUAAAUAUUGAACAUGAAGGAACUAGACCCAGAAGGCCGAUACAUCAUUUUAGUAUGUGAAAUAAACAAUAAACUAUUCACAAUAGCUAACAUCUACACACCAAACAAAUCUACAAUAAACUUUAUUACAAAUGCCUUUAAGAAAAUUGAGCAGAUUAAACAAGGAUUGAUACUAAUUAAGGGGAACUUCAACUGCGUAGUUGACCCUCUGAAAGAUAGAAAGAGCCUAACUGAAUAACCGAAAGAGUAGGAAAGCAAGUGAGAAUAGCAUGUAAAAUUUACUGAAUAAUUAUAAUUUGAGAGAUAUAUGGAGAACAUUUCAUCCCUCUGAUCUAGAUUAUACAUGCUAUUCUAGAACAAUUAACUCUUAUUACAGAAAAAAUUCUUUUGGAAAACGUGACCAUGCUAUAUCUAGUUAAAAGAAUAGAGAUACAUGAUAUAGCAUGGUCAGAUAACAGCCGUAUUAUGUUAGAAUAUAAAGACACUUUCUGAAAAGACUGGCGUUUAAAAGAUGAUAUACUACAUAAAAUGAAUAAUGUUGAAGAGAUUAAGAAAAUACCCAAUCUUUUCUUUUUAGAAAAUAAAAAUAAAGGCACACCAGAUAUCACAGUCUCGUGUGCUUAUAAAAGCGUAGUUAGAGGACACAUGAUAAAAAUGGCAUCCAACGCAAAUAAAAAAGGAAUACCGCCUCUUUUCAAGCUAUAUAUAUAACACUAAGUCAUUACAAAAAGCAGAAUAAAAUAACACCCUGCACACAAAUAGCAAGGAAGAUUGCAGAAACAGAAAAACAGAUGAACAACCAGUUAAGAACUGGCUUGUUGCCCUUACAAUCUAAGUGGUAUCUAAAGGGCAACAAGCCAGAAGCACUAAUGACUAAUAAACUGAAAAAAGAGAAACAUAAUAGAGUAAUAUAUAAAAUAAAAGAUAAAGAAACUUAUUUAACCCCUUAAGGAUGGCGGGCGUUCUAUGCUGUCCUUUUUUGGCUGGUCCAAAAUGCCGGGGGCGGCAUAGAAAAUCCCGCCAAUCCCACCUUGGUGGUUGCGAUCCAGGGGGCUGCCUGGGAGCCCACUCAGCCCCCUUCUGCAUGAUCUGGCCCUCCAGGGCCAUGUGAUCGCAGGGUCCUUGCGGUCACAUGGCCGGAAUAGCCUGCUCAUGAAGUGUGCUCUCAGGCUGUCCCCCUGCUGACAGCAAAAAAGUUUUAAAAGUUAGUAAAAGUUAAAAAAAGUUUAAUAAAGUAAAUUAAGGUACUUAGAUCAUAUAUAUGAUCUAAGUACUUUUAUAUGCACAUACUCACACAUAGACUAUUAUUCUAAGUGUAUUUUAAUAAAAUUAAAAUAUAUAUUUAAAUUCUACAUAUAUAUUUAUAUAAUAUUUUUACAUUAUUAAGUCAUUUAAUUAAUUACUGUUUGAGGGACUUGCCUGACAACCCAGGCAGAAAGUCCAGAGAAUAUGGUUCGCAAACCCUCUAUUUAACCCUGUAACUUUCCAAGAAACCAUAAAACCUGUACAUAGGAGGGUACUGUUUUACUCAGGAGACUUCGCUGAACACAAAUAAUAGUGUUUCAAAACUGUUAAACAAUGAUAUUGUCUGUCAAAGUGCAUUUUCUUGCAUUUUUCAAACACAAGUACCCACCAUGUACAGGUUUUAUGGUGUUUUCAAACGUUACAGAGUGUAAUAUAAGAAUUGUACUUCCAUUUUUUCACAUACAAAUUUGCCAAAUUGGUUAUGUUGCCUUUGAGACCGUAUGGUAGCCCAGGAAUGAGAAUUACUUCCAUGAUGGCAUACCAUUUGCAAAAGUAGACAACCCAAGGUAUUGCAAAUAGGGUAUGUUGAGUCUUUUUAGUAGCCACUUAGUCACAAACACUGACCAUAAUUAGCGUUCAAAUCUGUUUUUUGCAUUUUUCACACACAUACAAAUUAAAAUGCUAACUUGACCAGUGUUUGUGACUAAGUGGCUACUAAAAAAGACUGGCCAUACCCCAUUUGUAAUACCUUGGGUUGUCUACUUUUGCAAAUGGUAUACUAUCAUGGGUUAAUUUUCAUUCCUGGGUUACCAGACGGUCUCAAAUGCAACAUAACAAGUCUGGCAAAUUUCAAUGUGUAUAAACUAAGAAAUGUAAUGUGCUAAAUUGGACCCUGUAACUUUCCAAAACACUAUAAAACCUGUACUUGGGGGGUGCUAUUUUACUCAUGAGACUUCCCUGAAUAAAAAUAUGUGAAUUUUAUUGGAGGAACAGCUAACAGUAUUAUGAUAUUCACAGUUAAAAUGCCACGCAAAAAAAUUAAUUCUUAAUUUGUCACAUUUUUUUACAUUUUAUUCAUAUUAAAUAAUGUUUAAUAUAUAAAUAUUUGAUGUAACAUGAAAGUCCUGUUUCUCUUGAAAAGAGGGAUAUAUAUAUAUAUAUAUAUAUAUAUAUAUAUAUAUAAGUGUGGGUGCAUUUAAUAUGAAAGAGGUGAAUUACGCCUGAACAGACAUAUAGCACAAAUUCAAGGUUUUGUUUAUGUUUUGUUUUGAUCACAACUUGUACAACUGGCUCAGUCAUUAAGGGGUUAAUGGCCCCUGAAAAAAUAGGAAAAGCGUUUGAAAUUUUGUAUCGGGAUCUAUAUAACCUACCAGAAGAAAAUAUACGUCAGGGAAGAAGAGAUUGAGAAAUUUUUCCAAAACAUACAUAUAACAAAAAUUCUACCCGACCAUUUAAAAAUAAUAAAUCAACCCAUAACAGAAGUAGAGGUCAGUAAAUCAAUAGAUAAGCUUAAAAUAUAGACUGUUUCAGGCCUAGAUGGCUUUACAAAUACAUUUUAUAAACUAAUGAAAGAGCAACUAAAAGGAGAACUCUCUAAUAAUUUUAAUUAUAUAAUGAGAACAGGACCCUGUCCUGGAGAGUUCCUGAGAGUGAAUAUUUUCUAAUCAAUACCGAUAUUAAAAUUUUGUCUUCUAUUCUUGCUGAAAGAUUAAAAAUAGUUGUACCACAAUUAAUAAACAAUGAUCAAGUAGGAUUCAAGUCCUCAAUUAACAAAUAUUAUGCUUAUGCAGAUUGAUAACAGACUUAGAACCAGGGAAAUUUCCAGAAAUAGUCACUGGCACCUCGUUUCUCCAAACCUAUUAUUCCUGACCUUUCUGUACAGUCUGAACCCGAACCUAUGCAGUUAGGGGUCACUAGACUGUCAGAGGCAGAGAGACAGUAUAGGAGAAAGGAGGGCCUGUGUUUAUAAUGCGGUAAAAAAGGACACAUGAGAAGUGCUUGUCUCAUACGUCCGGAAAACUUCCGCACCUAAGAACCUUAUGGGAACAAGUUAGGUGUGAUGGAUACGUCUUCUAGUAAUAACCAAAAUAGAUUUCUGUUUGAUAUUAAAGCCCUUUGCAACAAGAAAAGCUUUUCAUGCAAAGCCCUUAUGGGCUCAGGUGUGGCAGGAAGCUUCAUUGUCAUACAUUUUGUUAAAAACAUUUAGUACCUAUCAAGGAGAGAUCAUCACCUCUGGCCAUUGAGGCUAUUGAUGGAAGACCUCUCUCUCAACCCUUGAUUACCCACGAAACAUUGCCUAUUAACAUUUCCAUAGGAGCUUUACACAAGAAAAACAUAACAUUCCAGAUAAUUGCUUCUCCUUCUUCUCCCAUCAUAUUAGGAUUUCCUUGGCUCAUUAAGCACCAUAUUUAUUGACUGGGCAAAGGGGAAAUACUGGAGUGGGCUAAAGAUUGUAUAGAGAGAUGUGUGUUACCCAUUACCAAAAGAGUAGGCAUCGUUACUUUGCCCAAUACUAUGCCUCAGGCCUCCGAAAAUCCCAUACAAUACUGGGAGGUUAAGGAGGUAUUCAGUAAAAGUUAGACUGAUAUACUACCUCUUCACAGAUCAUAUGAUUGCUCCAUAAAUCUGUUACCGGGCGCUAUGCCCUCUAAGGGGGCAGUGUAUGCCUUAUCUCCCUAGGAGAGUAGAAUCGUGGAUGAGUAAAUCAAGGAUUACCUAAGUAAGGGCCACAUACAUAAAUUAUCCUCACCUGCUGGUGCAGGGUUCUUUUUUGUAUCUAAAAAAGAUGGAGAAUUACGCCCAUACAUUUAUUACAGGGCAUUAAAUAAGAUCACCAUAAAAAAUGCCUAUCCCAUUGCCCUCAUCUCCAAAUUGUUUGACAGACUCCAGGGUGCAAAAGUAUUUACUAAACUUGACCUCAGGAGUGCGUAUAAUUUGGUAAGAAUUAAGGAAGGUCAUCAGUGGAAAACGGCAUUUAACACUACGUAGAAGUGGGCACUAUGAGUACCUGGUCAUACCCUUCGGGUUAUGCAAUGUUCCGGCCGUAUUUCAGGAUUUUAUUAAUGAUGUGCUCAGAGACUAUAUUUAUUCAUUUGUUCUAGUACACCUGGAUGAUAUCCUUAUUUAUUCCCCUGAUCUUCAGACUCACCACAAACAUGUCAAACAAGUGUUGCAAACCUUGCUUAAGAUUAGACUUUAUUGCAAACUUGAAAAAUGCAUCUUUGACCAGACUGAGGUACAGUUUUUUUGGGUAUAAUAUUUCCGCCUCUGGUUUUCAUAUGGAUCCUCAUAAACUAAAAGCUGUUCUACAUUGGCCAUUGCAAAAUGGGCUAAAAGCCUUUCAAAGGUUUAUUGGUUUUGCUAAUUACUGCAGGAGAAUUAUCAAAGGGCUCUCUUCUAUGAUAGCCCCUAUAACCAAUAUGACACGUAAGGGGGCUAGUUGUACAAUAUGGUCUAAGGAAGCUAGAGAAGCUUUUGAACUUCUUAAAAUUUUUUUGCUUCAGCUAUAAUUUUGGUACAUCUUGACACUAGCAAAACCUUCAUACUGGAGGUUGAUGCCUCCGAAACUGGGGUAGGGGCUGUUCUUUCUCAGAGGGAGAGUCAGUAUACCCCUUUGCAUCAGUGUGGGUACUUCUCUAGAAAGUUGUCUCCAGCAGAGCGUAAUUAUGAUAUUGGUAACAGAGAACUGUUGGCCAUUAUACUAGCACUUAAAGAAUGGCGACAUCUUUUAGAGGGUUCCAAGGACCCCCUUUUGAUCAUAAAUGACCAUAAAAAUUUGGCAUAUAUCGGUGAUGCUGAACGACUGUCUUCUAGACAGGCUAGAUGGUCUUUGUUCUUAUCUCGCUGUAACUUUCUCAUAACUUACAGACCUGGUCCCAAAAAUGUUAAAGCUGACGCCUCAUCUAGACAGUUUUACAAUGAAUCAGAACAAGAACAAGGGACAUCACCUAUUGUUCCACCUGAGUGUACCAUUGCUUCCACUGUUUUUUCCUUAUCUUUACCUCUGCUUGGUGCUAUCAUAGAGGCUCAAUUCCAGGCACCUUGCAAUAAACCUCCAGAUAAAUUGUUUGUUCCAUUGAUCGAAAGAGAGAAGGUAAAGAAGGUAUUCCACAACAAUGUGACUGCUGGGCAUCCAGGUAUUAAAAGUCCACAUCCGCUAUCCUGGGAUCAUUUUGGUGGGAUUUACUUAGGAAAGAUGUCAAGGAAUAUGUGCAGGCCUGUUCAGUAUGUGCAGUUACAAAGGUUCCUCAUAAACUCCCUUGUGGAUUGUUGCAUCCGCUUCCUGUAUUUAGUGUUCCAUGGUCUCAUUUGUCCAUGGAUUUCAUCGUGGAACGUCCUAGUUCUAAUGGUUAUACCACAAUCCAUAUGGUGGUUGACAGCUUUUCCAAGAUGGCUCAUUUUGUUUCUCUCAAAAAAUUGCUUUCCUCUCAAGACCUGGUUCUUAUCUUUAUACGAGACAUUGUAAGACUACAUGGUAUUCCUCAAAAUAUUUUAUCUGACAGAGAUUCUCAGUUUGUAUCUAGAUUUUGGAGGGCUUUCAAUAAACAGUUGGGUACUGAACUGUCAUUUUCUUCUUCUUACCAUCCCCAAACCAAUGACAUGGCUGAGAGGGCUAACCAGUCAUUGGAAAUGUAUUUGCAUUGUUUUGUUAAUGGCACUCAAGAUAACUGGUCCGAACUGCUACCAUGGGCCGAGUUUGCAGAAACAAUGCUACCCAUGACUAUUCCGGACAUAGUCUAUUCUUUGUUAAUAAUGGUCGUCAUCCUUCUGUUCUACUGGCUGUUUUCUCUGAUAUAGCUAUCCCCGCUGUGGAUGAUCACCUCGCUUCUAUUCGUGAAAUGUGGACCAAACUUUGUUGUUUCGUGCUGAUAAACGUCGGGGUGCUAACCCUGUUUACCAGGUGGGUGAGAGGGUGUGGUUAUCAUCGCGCAACAUCAAACUAAAAGUUCCUAGCAUGAAAUGUACCCCCUAGAUUCCUUGGUCCAUUUCGUAUAAUUCAGAGAAUAAACUGUUUUAUAUUCUCUGGCGCUUCCUGCCUCCUUACGUAUUCCUAAUAUGUUUCAUGUUUCUUUACUCAAACCGCUUAUGUGCAAUAAGUAUACUGUCCCUAGUGUGCCCCCUCCUCCAUUGGUUGUUUCUGAACAGGAGGAGUAUGAAGUCUCCUCCAUAACCGAUUCCAGAUUUUCUCAUGGUUCUUUACAAUGUUUGGUUCAUUGGAGGGUGUAUGGGCCUGCCAAGCGUUCUUGGGUUCCAGCUUCCUACAUAAAUGCUUGCCGCAUGAUUCGUUCUUUCCACACCAAGUUUCCUCUUAAACCUGGUCCUGCCUGCCCUGUCGGCGAUCUUCAGAUGGGGGUUAUGUAACAUAUUCUUCCUCACCUUGUGCCAUUCAGCAGCUAUGCGCCAGUAUACCUGACUCAUGAAACAUGUUGGUGGACAUCGGCCGCUGAGAAUCAACGCUGUUUUAUAGCCCAAUGUCUGCCCAUGGCAAUAACGACGUCAACGUGCGUGUGACGUAACGCAAACGACGCACACGCACGUUCUGGUGUCAAAGGCCAGUUACGGCAAAUCGGAUGCAUAGGAGGUUUAUUUAAACACAUUUUUACUUCUUCUCAUUGCCCUGUCAUGGUUUCCCUUAGUAGGUUAUCCGAGAGUGUGUUCCUGAGCGUUUAUUUCUGGUUAAUGACUUUGGCUUCAUUUUGACUUUCUGGUUUCUUGACUUCUGUUUCCCUGACCUCGGCAAGUAUUCUGACUAUUUUCUUGUACGUUAAGUCCGGCCAUACCGUUACCGUUAGUCCUAGGUGUGAUAUAAUCUACUAGUAAUCCUGACACAUUUGUUGGCAAUGUGUAUCCAUAAAUACAUUUUGGAAAGAUGUAAUCAAUGUAAUAUAUCAAAUAACAGAAAUGAAACUAGUCUUAAAGCCUGAAGUGGUCCUGUUAAACCUGAAGUGGCCUAAAAUGACAAAAAAAAAGUACUAAUGAUAACGUUGCAUAUCAUCACGGCAGCUAAACUACUGUUAGCACGAAAUUGGAAAACAGGGAAAAUCCCAUACAUUCAAGAAUUAAUAACAGAAGUCAUAUAGCAGGCAAAAAUGGAAUGGGGUAUAUUGGUGAACCUAGGAAAUAGAUACACUCAAAUAGAAGACUGGGACACAUGUAUUUAUAAAAUGGAAGCUAUAACUUAACAAUUAUCACAACCGAUUUAAAAGUUUAUCUUGUGUCCUCUCUCUUUUGCUGGCUCUUUUUUUUUUUGGUUAAAUGACAACAAACCAAGGCAAUAAUUAACAUCAUUACUCUCCUCUUUCCUUUACUUUUCACUCAACAUUUGACAUGUGUAUAGUUUACUUCUUGUUAUAGGGGUGAUGGAGAGGAAAAGGGAUAGGGAAAAAGAAGUAGAUACUAAAAAAAUGGGCAGAUUUACAGAAUUGUAAAAUUAAUUAUAUCACAUUAAGCUUAAGGUGUGCUCUCUCUCUCCAAGGAUAGACAGGGAAUGAAAGAUUCACAAACAAGAAUUUACAAUAGGAUUUAAGAAUCAGGGAAGGGGGAGGGGUUUUGGGUGGGAAGGAUUGGGGAGUUUAAUAGUAUAUAAAUAAUUAAGUGAAUCCCUUCUGUUUCCUUUCGUCUCUUACCACUAUAAAUUUAAGAAGUAAAGAAUGGAGAAUAUUAAGAAAGUAUGAGAGACCUAAGGUCUAGGAAGAGAAGGAGAUAGUGAGGAGAUAUUUAUGAUGACAAGAGUACCAAGGCCUGAAAUACAGAAGCACCAGCUAAAAAUAUACAAGGCAGGUACAAAUCUGAAAAAUAUAUAUAAAAUAUAAAAUAAAAAGAACACUUUUUUUUUGAGCCAAAACAUUACCUUAUCAGUUAUCAUGUGCCUGGACCUUUCUUUGUAUUAAUGGAAGAUUGAGAGUUAAAAAAGAAAAUGUUAUGACUCCUACUAUGUAUUGUGGAUAUGUGCAAUUCAUUUGUGUUUGCUAAAGAUGAUUAACACAUUAAAUCAGCACAUGUGAAGGCAGCAGGAUAGAUCUUAUGCAUUUUGCCCUAAGACUUUAAAGGCUUGAAAACACUUGAUACCUAUGGUACUAGGUCCAGUGGAUGUAGCAUCCCAUAAUUUUCUAUACAUUGGGCUAUGGGACUUGAAGACCCUAGCCCAGUAUGAUGUACUACCCUCCAAUCCACUCCAGAUGCCAGAAAGGAUACUGAGUGUUCAUUCAGUCCUUACACAUUGUACUAGCUAAAUUGCUUGUAAAUAUAUAGCCCAAAAAUAUUCCUAUACAUUUUUUUUUCUCAUCAGCAUAGUGACAAAGACUACAAAUUCCAUAGGCACCUGUGUGACGGACCGCCUGGCACCCCGACUAGGUACCACUGCCAAUCACUGCUUCCUAGUAUCACUGAGUACUUCCAAGCACUCCAUCAGAGACCCUUAGCCGCUGCAGCUUGGUUGGAGUCUCGCUGCCCUCCACCCACCCUGGACCCAAGUCAGGGAUUCACCUUCCAGUGGGUAGACCUCUCCUACUCCAGAGAGUAUAGCAGUAUAGCUCUUACAAGAGCUAGUGAUAUAGCUGGUAUAGCUGUUCCCUACAAUCACGAAACGAGGCUCUGUGUUGAGGGUGAAGUUGAACUGUUUAAUACAAGCAUGUCAAACUCAAAGUCUGGCACGGGCCACAAAAACAAAUGUUUAAGUUUAUGUGGGCCGCAAAAACAAAAUACCUUAAGUUUUCAUAGAAACGUAGGUUUAUUUUAAAAAGUACAGUAUAAAAAAAAUCUCAGCAUUCCCCUCUACUAAACCACAGCACCCCCUCUAUUAAAUCCCAGUCCUCCCCCCUCUACUAAAGCACAGCACCCUCCUGUACCACCCUGUGCCAAAUGAAAACCUGUGAAGGUGGAGCACGUAGAUGUCACUUGGCGUUGCGUGCAUCCAUGCACCUCCAGGUACUCCACUGUCCAGUCACAGCCAAUGCAACACUGACCAACACACACACACACACUCACAGACAGACACACACAGAAACUCACUGACAAACACACAUACUCACAGACAGACACACACAUACACUCACUGACAGACAGACACACACACACACACACACACACUGACAGACACACAUUCUUGCACUCACAUCAUUUAAUUUAUUCUUUCCUACCUUUUGGAGCUGGUGUGGGGAUCUUCUGUCUGGCGAUCUCCUUCCUGCUCCUCGCGCGGUUUAAUGAUGCCGGGUGCUGGAAUAUGAUGUCAUAUUCCAGCGCCCGGCUUCACUACAGACAGCGCGUGCGAGGGACCAGUGAGGAGCAGGAACACUGAGCUCCCUCGCUGGCCCUCCUCCGUGGCUGGGUAAGUGUUAGCAGAAUAGGCACCUGCAAUUUGGGGAAAGCAGGCGCCUACUCUGCUAUAACACCAGCAUGCACUCGUGGCUCGCCGGGCCGCAAAGAUGGUCCCUUGUGGGCCUCAUGCGGCCCAUUGGCCGCGAGUUUGACACGCUUGGUUUAAUGGCAGUCACGACUGGCCUUAUAUGCAAGGUGUUUUCCAGAACAUAUUCCCCACUGGAAAAAAAACACAGAAGUAGAUGUGGAUAUUCCCCACUGGACCUGAGAGGGAACUGUGACUAAGUACACACUGUAAUUACAUUGGCUCUCAGGUCCAGGACACUCCCACACAAAACAGGAUAAUCCCACAGAAAACAUAUAUUUUACAAUAACCCGAAAGGAUCCCCAAAACACAUGGAAACCAACAAAAGUCACAUCCUCUGAUAGCCCUGAUUGGAGGACCAACAUAUCCAAAAAUCACCCAGAUCGGUUCAGGGGGUUCGGGAUUUCCAUGGAAGUCAUAAUUUUGACUGACCGUGCACAUGGUCCUAUGCCAAAACAGUUCCAGGGAAUUGAGGCUAACAGUUGGUCUCUCUUUCUGGAGAGCAAAAGUACAUAAAUCACAUACGUUUUUAAAGGGCCCAUACUCUUUUUGCAGGAGGCUGGCAAGCAGGCCCCUCCAAGAACACGUGUCAGAGGCAUUUCUGCCACAACCUGUAUGCUAGGAAUUAUUUGAUUUGCCAGUACUUUAGAGGCUGCAUGUGUCAUUUCCCUAUCUAAGGCCCCCUAACAGUCUCAUUUUCUGUAGGACAGUCCUGAUUUCAGGGUCCUGUCUUGUCAUCCUGAUUUUGUUCCAUGGUGGCCCACGUAUAGACACCAGAGAACUGUAUUUAGCCAGCACAGCUGUGCACAGGCACUAGGACCCUGCAGAGAGUGCUUAAGCAACAAUUUCCUGCAAAAUCCUGUGAACUGGGGGAAACCAGACAGGCCCUUUCUGUCUUUCAGUGUUUGCAUUCAGUGUUGUCCCUCCUGUUUGCAUACCUCCUGAUUUUGGGAGGUAUACUAUCUAAGCCUAGUGAUCAUGUUGUAGGAGACAGUAUACAACAGUGACUAAUGUUUAGCAUUGGCUAGUAGUGUAGGACUUUAAUUUAUUUUUACAUGAUAACUCAUUAUAGUUUCCCUCCAGCUUGUGGAGGUCUUACUGAAUCACAAUAUUGUAUUUAAGUAUUAGAAUGUGCUGCGUAUUUGUUUGUGUUUCACCCCAGUGCUGCAAACCUGUGCUUUGCUGCUUUGAGUAUAAUUACUAUUUUGAAAAUUGUUUGUAAUUUCUUUUUUUUUUUAAUGCUGGUUCUAGUGAGGGCUAUUAUAGUAUAUUUACAAAAUAAAAACAGUAAUCAUACAUAAAUCAGAAAAAAAGUGCAUGAACAAAUAGCCCUCUUACAAUAUUUUCAUAUAUUUUCUCAUAUAUCUUCUGCUUUAGAAAUGGAUGAAAUUUCAGAGAGACUUUGACAAUUUUAAAACUGCCUGUAUACCAUGGGAAAUGAAAAUAAAAGAAAUUGAAAGUAAGCUAUUUGAUUUUAUUUAUGAAUGUUGUUCUAUAAGCAGAGCUGUCAGUUCUCUGGAAAUUAUACCAUUGAUUAAAACAUUAAAAAUCACCUAUAACCUAAGAUGAAUUUAUCUAUCUAUCUAUCUAUCUAUCUAUCUAUCUAUCUAUCUAUCUAUCUAUCUAUCUAUCUAUCUAUCUAUCUAUCUAUCUGUCUAUCUGUCUCUCUGUAUGUCUUUCUCUAUACCAUGAAAACUGAUUAUUGUAAUUAGUAUCUCCUGUCACCCAUCUGCUCUUAGUGUUUCAUUUUGAAAUAUUAAAAUGUUUGUUUGUAUUUCCUCGUUUUUAUGCUUUUUUUUUUUAAAAUAAGCAGCUAUUAUAGUCUCAAUGAUAAAAAGAUGGAACAGCUAAUUCCAAUACACAAUUUUCUACGGCAUUUGCAAGGAAUUCAGGAUGCAAUUUUUGUUUUUAAUUUUCUGUAAAAAUAUUACUCUAUUUGAGAGAACUAUUUACCUAAAAGAACACUAUAUGGUCAGAAACACAAACAUGUAUUCCUAACCCUAUAGUGUUAUAACCACCAUAUAGUCCCCCUUGGUUCCCUCUUGCCUCCCUAAAUAUAGUAAAGUCAUACUCGUAUUCAAGCCUGCAGCUGCUGGCUCUGCCCAUGUCUGCUUUUGACCUGCCUGCCGUCUGCUGAUAUCAUCAGAAGUGGUGGUCUGAGCCAAUCACAAUGCUUCCCAAAGGAUAGGAUUGUCUGGGACAGUCAAGGAGGCAAAUCAGGGGCAGAGCCAGCACAAGUCAAACACAGUCCUGGUCAACCAGCAUCUCAUCAUAUAGAUGAAUUAAACCAAUGCAUCUCUAUGAGGAAAGUUCAGUGUCUGCAUGUAGAAGGUGGAGACACUUAAUGGUAGUGCUGAUCACUGUGCAGCACUGCCACAGGAUGCACCUCUAGUAGCCAUCUGAGGAGUGGCCAGUGGAGUUAUUGCUAGGCUGUAAUGUAAACACUGCAUUUUCUCUGAAAAGACAGUGUUUACAGCAAAAGCCUGAAGGUAAUGAUUCUACUCACCAGAACAAAUACAAUAAGAUGUAGUUGUUCUGGUGACUAUAGUGUCUCUUUAAUAGAGUGCAAAGUGAAUGUCAAAUUGAAAGCCAUAGCAGUCAAACUAGAACUAUGGCUGACUUGGACAAUGUUUUCAGUUUGGUUAUUUUGGCUUCAAAUCUGAAAUUCACUUUGAAUUCCAAAUAAUUCAAACUUUAAUGAAAAACACUUUGUUUCAUUCCCUUUUAUUGCAAAGAAAGCGAGGUAUAAUAAAUCGGAGGUAUUAUAUUCUAGUUGUAGAAAUAUAAUAAUUUCCUACUGUCUUCUUUAAACAAAAAAUAUAUUUAAAUAGGAACAACAUUUAAUUUGGCCAUCAAAAGACAGGAGGACAUUUAUUGUUUUGGGAUAAAAGAAUUCAACAUUCACACUUUUAAAAAUAGUUUUCUUUGUUGUUCAACUUAUAAUGUACAUAAAAAUAAUUUUCAUGUACUGACAAUUAAACCCUUACUUGUGAGAGGAGCUAAAAUUAGCAAAAUGCAUGAUUCAUUCCAUUUUAUGAAUCAUUGAAUCAAUAUUUUCCUAUGGGGAUUUUGAAGACGCUGGACAUCUUCAUGCAAAGCGUAAGACAUUGGCUGUCUUCUAGAGGUUGUCUAAAACUGUAAUGUUUUACAUUGCAGGAUUAAGGGGACAGGGACCCUGCACCCACACCACUUCAACAAGAUGAAGUGGUCUGGAUGCCUUUAGUGUUCCCUUAAUGGAAAACAUUCUGGGUACAUGAAUGAUUAUUGAGUUAAUGCAAAAUAGCACCACACAGAUCUUUAGAACAUAGUUUUGUCUAGAUCAUCAAAAAUAUCUAAUUAUAUACUUAAGCCUCCACUAUAUUAAACACAAUCUUUUGUUCUCAGGUCACUUUGGCUCAUCUGUAGCAUCUUAUUUUAUAUUUCUACGUUGGAUGUAUGGAAUUAAUAUGAUACUCUUUGGAUUGACAUUUGGCCUAGUCAUGGUGCCAGAGGUAAAACAUCCUUUUAUAGAGAAUAAAGACUUCACAGGCAGGCAUUUAUAAAUGCAUGUGAUGAUAAAAUACUACAGUUUUGUAUUAAUUUUGGCAUUCACUCCAUCUAGUCUCUGGUGUUAUAUCUCACCUUUAAUUAUCCACGGUUGUAUGGUCCAGACAAUGUUCUCCACUCUGAGCCAACUAAAAGGGGUAAAACCACUAAUAAAAUGUCAACACAAGCAAAAUGCAUAUUGAUUUACAAACCAACUUCUUCAAUAAAAUUAUUUGAACUGUUUUAGAUAGAAAAUUAAUGUAUAUAUGCAGUAUAUAUAUAUAUAUGUGAUACAUAAUAUUAUUUCCCACACAUGUUCCAUUGUUAUACAUCUACUACAUUAUACGACUUUAAAUUGGGUAAAAAAUGGUUAGGGCUGGGACUAGUGUUAGAAUGAUAGUUUUGAUUAGUGUUAAGGCUAUGUUUAGGAGUAAGCCUGAGGAGCCAAAACAGUGCAACAAUGUCUCCUCAGCUGAUCUCCUGACAUCUAUGAAUGGGAAGGAAGAGAUGCAUUUCUAUUAGAAUGUAUAUAGUGCCAACAUAUUCCUCCGUGCUUUACCGUUAUUGGGGAUAUUUGACAACAAGCAAUACAGAAUAUUAACAGUAACAAGAGGUGAAGAAGGCCAUACCCAAGAAAGUGUUAAGGGCAGCAGCUACAUAUCGCAGCUGCAGGGAAGAGUAGCAUCUACCAAUCUUUAGUCCAAUGGGACAUGUAUGUUCUGGUGAUGUAUUGAGAUUAAAAGAACCUUAAACCUAAGCCUAGCCUUAACCUUAGUCAUAACCUUAGACUUAACACCAACAAUAAAACUAACUUAGGCAUAAUCCAGCACUAACCCUAAGAAAAUAUCAAUAAUAAAGAUACCAACACUGAACAAUGCAUUAUAGUUUAUUACAAUGGCUUCAGAACCCCUUGAUUGCAUGCUUUUCCCAUAUCACCAUUAUGUAAUGUACUGUAAUAUUUAAAAAUAAAUAUUAUACCACUGGGUAUCUAUACAUCUAUCUGUGUAUGUCUGUAUUUCUUAUCACCAUUUUUGCCUUUUCUAUAAAUGUUUUCCUUUUUCUAUAUACAUAUUGUGUUGUUUAAUAUUGUGUUCAGUCUUCUACUACACUAUUACAGUCUUCUUUCAGAAUGUAUUGUGUUCUCCAGGCUUUAAUGGGGAAGCCCUAUGGUUCAAUGCCUAGAAAGACAGUCCCUAGAGCAGAGCAGCCCACUGCAAUGAAUUUUGCAACGCUUUGGGAUUUCAGUGUAAGUAUCAUGUGAUCUCAUUUGUAUACCUUCCAAAUAGGCUUAUUUAAAGUAACAAAAUCCAAGAGUUCCUCUUUCAUACUUUCAUACUUUGAUGCCCCUCGUUGGUAAAAUGGAGUUACAAUAUUGUGUAGCAUGUAUGAGCAUACCACAAAGAUCGAAAGCAAUAAUACAUACAAUUAUCUUCAGAAGGAACAAUUAUCUUACAGAGCAUGCCAGCAAUAAAUUGGAAACUAAUUUGUGUUCAAAUACAGUAAAUAUAUUCAUUUACUAACUGCCCAUGUACAUAAACAUGUACAUUUAAAGCAUACUGUUCUUGUUAUUAUACUGGGAAUAAUAUAUAUAUAUAUAUUUAUAUAUAUUAUACUCCCAGUAUAAUGACUUGUUUUGAUGUCUGGCAAAAAAAGAGCAGGGUUUUAGGUGCAGUUAUAAGCAGGAUCAACUUUUGCAAGGACACAAGUUGUUGUGGUUCUUUGAGUGUCCUUUUAAGACAUAACCUUACAAAGUGUCAAAUGAUGCAGUUUUACAAUUGAGAAAAACACAUAAUUUAGACAAUGAAACACUAUAUCUAUAUUUUCUUAGUAACUGAGCAUUAUUUUCUUUCAGGGAUUUGCACAGUACUCUGUCCUCUUCUAUGGCUACUACAACAGCCAAAGGACCAUUGGUUGGUUACAAUUUAGGUUGCCUCUUUCUUAUUUGCUUGUUGGAAUUGGAACCAUUGCAUACAGCUUCAUGGUAGUCAUCAGAACGUAAGUUAUAUUCAUAAUUAUUGAUAUGUAAAGUGUUCAUGAAAAGUGAAACUUGAGGAGCUCUGUGAUGUGUUUAGACUUUGAAGGGCAAGCAUAAGGGGCCUUCUUAGAGAAUAAUAAAAUAAAUGGAGACACUGCAGAGAUAGAGCAUUAACCCGAGAAAGUUGAUGUUAAAAAAAAAAAAAAAUGGAGGAAAUAACAAACUCUAAAUGAAGGGAAGAAUGGAUGGUGAGUAACACGAAAAAGAACAAUCAAGAAGUGAAGGUAAGUAUUUAUACCCAAGGCUGAACCACAAAAGCACUCAAAUUAAUUAAAUAGCCAUUACACUUGAAUAUAGUUGUUAUAAGAUCAUUACAAAAUAGAGACAACAUAAUAAACCGCAUGGCUACAUUUUUCAGUUUUCUGUGAGGCCAAAUUGACAUACAAAUUAAAAAAAAAAAGUGUAUUUUUUUGCCUUUGCCCAUGACUCAUUUGUACAAGAGCACAUUUUGCCUAAACUCCCAUAAUCCUAUAUAUAGUAAACGCAAAGCAUCUCACAGCAUUUUAAAUUAACAUACAACCAAAAUAUAGUAGGUCUCCUACCUGCAAUUAAACAGAUUACAACUGGAGGGGAUUUUAUUUUUAAAAAAGCGGUGGAACACUUUAAUCUUGUUUAAACAGUGAUUUUGAAAUGUGACAUUGUUAUGGAAUAGUAUAUAUACAAAAUAAGGAUGCACACUAUAUCAACUAACAAGCAAAAACUAUGAGAUAUAAGCAGACGCAGGUAUGGCUACAGACACCCUUGAGAAAGGCAGUUGGAGAGUUACUGAACCGUUGGUAGGAUUGGUGACUUGUGUUCUGUCCUUUUAGGCUUGUUUAUUGGUGAUAAUUACCUUUGUAUACAUGCCUUGAUUUUUUCCCUUUGUCUAUUUGUUUUGUUGACUUUGUAUUUAUGUAUACUUUCUUUGUCCUUUCUUGAAUAAAGGAUAUAUAAGUAAUUUUUACUUGUUAGUUGAUAUAGUGUGCAUCCUUAUUUUUGUAUUUAUAUGGUUUUCGAGAGCAUUUAAGGGAGUGCCUUAUGAGGUUUGCACCCCACGAUAAAAAAAAGCAUUUUAGGUAUAUCCUCCAUGUAUUAUGUUAUUGUAUUUUUUUUUUUUUAAUAGAACAUUACUGUACUGUUUUUUUUUUUUAAAAAUCAGUCCAAUAUACAUAUUCUUUUUUUGAUAUAUAUAUAUAAUAUCCUUCUAAAAUAAGGAUGCUUAGUAUUGUAAAAGACAAGGACUUCUACACAUGGUGGUUGCUUAGGACGCUUGCUCCACGAAGACUGAUACCAGUUGUGACAUAUUGCAACACGGAACCUGGAAGAACAGGAACGUACAAAUGGAAUGCACUAUGCGUUCCAAGAACCAGAUACAAUUACUGAGUGGAAACCCCAAGGAAGUGGAUUCAUGACAAUAGAUACGGUUAUUUAAACCCGAAGCGGACAAAAACAUACCAACUGAUAAAUCUGACUUAGGCUAAACAUGUUUUGGAUAUGGUAAGAUAUAUUUUAGCUAGACAAUAAAAGAGUAAAGAAAGGUAAUGCAAUUAUUAACCAUUAUGUAAUUAUGUAACUAUUAUUAAGCAGGGGGUAACCCCCAGUGAGACUGGUCACUAUGGAAUAAAUGAGAAGAAAAAAAAGAAGAACUGCCAGGAGGCAAGCGAGAAAUAAUAACUGUAUCGCUGGUGGAGUGGCAAAUAUCAACCAAAUAGGAUGGGUAUUUCUAAAAAUAAAACUUAACUUUUAAUAUAGUGAUUAAGAGGUGAAAUAAGUCACCACAACAGACAGAAAAGGAAAACAAAAUCCAAACAGAAAUAAUAAUAUACAUAUUUACAAUUUAAUGUCUGUAUAUGAAAAUCUGGUAGUUCUACCCAAAUAUAGGGAUAAUGAAUACAGAGUAAGGUAGUACAGGCUGUAGCUUUGUGAGUUCAGGAUAAUAAUAAAAAAAAAAACAUCUGUAGCAGACCAACGGUAUAAGGAGAAUAGAAAAAAAUCUAAAUCUAAACUCCAAACAAAGGGAUAAGGGGACGUCUCCCUCCCUUUUAGAAAGAAAAAAAAAAUAGUAUUUAAUAAUGUGCAGUGCUGCAAUAAGAAUACUAAGAUAUCAGAAAAUGCUUUAAUACAGGCUAGAUGGUCUUACUAGAGAUAGUGCAACUAAAACAGUCCAGCAAUGUAGUGCGAACAAAAAAGCAACAUUGUAUUAGCUAAUAGUCGCUGCCAAACAAUGUGUCUGUAUUAGUAGGAGUGAUAGCAGGGAGAGGUAAAGUAAAUACUAAGUACAUACUAAAUCUGUGCCUUUGAGGGCACCCCUUAACCCGAAAUGCCUGUUACUCCUAAAUGGAUGUAUACGGAAUGCCUCCCACCCAUAGAAUCAAUAAAAUGAAAGAAUGCUGGAGAUUGUAAUGAUGCCGUUUUUUCAAUAUAUGGGGACAGGUAUUAGUGAAUUUCUGUAAAUGCCAUUAUAAGCCGAACAUGAGCUCAUGAUACAGUGGCUAUGAAGUGUGCUUGUCAGAACCCCUGACGCACGUUUCGCCAAUCUGGCUCAUUGGAGGGGUUCUGAAAAGCACACUUCAUAGCCACUGUUUCACGAGUGAGUUCAUGUUCCAUGAGUGUUUCCAUUCACCUUACUAAUCAAAGGGGUUUGCAGUGUAAUGGUAUGGAGUUUCCUCUCUCCUUACAGUUGUAAGAUGUAUCAACUUAGACAAUAGCCAAAGAAGAUGGAUUGGGACAUCCAAAAAUACCCAAAUAAAUCCAAACACAUUUCUACUUUUUUUGUUGAUAUGGAGUAAUGUCAUUGACAACCAAGUACAGAGGUACCCAAACAUCAUCAGAGAUGAGUGUCUUUUAUAUCCUGGAAGGCAUAAGAAAAAGUCUCACCCCCUACACCAAAUGUUAUAAUGAUGUGAGCCUCUACUAAACUAUAAUAGCCAUUAAUUUCUACUUCCAUUCAACAAGGUUAACCCCAACAUAUAUUCUGAAUAUUCUGAAUAAAAAAUAUAGUUUGAAUAUUAACAGGGUUAUAUACUUAAGUGAUAAUUCAAUUUAAAAGUUAAGGCCAAAGCAACUGAACUGAAAAUAUAGUUGAGUAAGAGGAUUUUUCCAGUUUGGCUAUUUUCAUCUUAAAUGUGAAAUUCACUUUAGAUUCUCAUUUUUUCAAUAACUGUGUCAUUAAGUGUACCUACUCUGACAUUUCUUGUCCAACCACUACUGUUUUUUUUUUUUUUUACGAUGACAAGUGGAUAUACAUUCAAGAUGGAUGGUGGUUAAAUAAAUAUUGUCUGUUUGCAUUCUAAAAUUACAGUCUUUGCAUUAUAAAAUUAAAGUCUUGAAAUCUCUUUAAAUUUGCAGAAUGGCAAAAAAUGCAAAUGAUGAUGGAGGAGGUGAUGACAACAGCUUUAAUUUUAGUUGGAAAAUGUAUACAAGUUGGGAUUUUCUUAUUGGCAACCCAGAGACAGCUGAUAAUAAGUUUGCAUCGAUUACCACAAGUUUUAAGGUAAGAAUGGGAAAAUGUUUAUUAUUAUAAACUAUGUAGCAUUAUUUUUUCAAUUAUUACAAGAAACAUUUAAAUAGUGUGUACUUGCCUGUGAUGCAUUACUGCUUUCAGUCAAAACCAGAUCUUCCAUCUUGUAAAAAUACUCUUACUGAAUUUGUAUUCUUUAAAACCUCAGUAAUGCAAGUACCAUCCUGGAACACAUAACACAUAAAUUGAAAUAAUUAGUGAAACCAUUUUUUCAACCAAAUAAUGUGACAACUAUUGCGAUCCCUCACAUAUCAAGACUUCCAGACUCCUUAAAUAGCGUUCAUGGGGUUAUUUUGCCAGUAAUAUUUGUUGGUUGUCUACACUACAGAAACUCUUUUUUUUUGUUUUAUGCCUUUUGACAUGGAAAGAGUAUUAUUAAACCUGCACAUAAUAGUCUGCAAGGGGUGAGGUCAUCAAUAAAAAACAGACUGCAAUGUAUACUUUUUUUGAGCUCCUUAAAAUGUGAGUGAAUACUGCAAUAAUCACUUUCUUUGAUAUUAAAGGAACACUAUAGGGUCAGGAACAAAACAUGUAUUCUGGACCCUAUAGUGCCCUCUCUAAAUAUUGUAAACUCUUACCUUUACUUCAGUCUGCUCCUGCUGGCUCUGCCCCUGAUCUGCCUGCUUGGCUGACAUCAUCAGAAGUCUUGAUGAAAGCCAAUCAUAAUGCUUUCCUAUAGGAAAGCAUUGGAUUGGCUGAGCUUAUCAAGGAGACAGAUUAGGGGCAGAGCCAGCACAAGCGAAACACAGCCCAUGCAAAUCAGCAUCUCCUCAUAGAGAUGCAUUGAAUAAAUGCAUUUCUGUGAGGAAAAUUCAGUGUCACCAUGCAGAGAGUGGAGAUACUGAAUGUCAGUACUGCACAGUGUGCAGCACUGCCACAGGAAGCACCUAUAUUAGCCAUAUGAGGAGGUAUCCCUAGGCUGUAAUGUAAACACUUCAUUUUCUCUGAAAAGCAUAGAGCCUGCAGGGACUGAUUCUACUCACCAGAACAAAUACAAUAAACUGUAAUUGUUCUGGUAACUAUAGUGUCCCUUUAAGAAAAUGUUUUCUUAUGUUUUUGUGAUCUUUUUUCAGUUGCAGAUUUUAGACGAAAUACAAGGGGGAAAGUAGGCCAGGUAAAACUAUUUUGUUGUAUAAUUGGCAAUACCUAUUUUACUUUGACUUCUAUUGCCAAACAGUAUUCUAAAAAUAGUAUACUUUUAUAAAUAAUUAUAUGAUUUCUAUCGACUGUGCUAGUCAGUGUAUUAUGAAAAAGGGAGAUCAAAUGUUAUUUCUCUACUCACUCGGUUAUUUACUAAAGUGAGAAUUGUCAGGAAAUGAAAGUCACACUAAAUUUCAAAUUUAAAGCUAUAAUAGCAGAACUGGAAAACAAUCUCCAAGUCAUUUAUGCUUCCAUAUAACUAUUUUAGUCUUAAAUUUGAAAUUCACAUUAAAUUCCUCACAUUUCUCACUAUUAAACAAGAGAAAAUGAGAUAAAUCUCAAUAUAUCCUUACUGGUAAAAUAUUUUAUAAAUAAAUUUAAUAAAUAGUAAAUAACCCUAUCAAUGUUUUUGCCUUUGGCAUUGACGGCCACAAAAUAACAUGUAAUUGUACCCUAAUACAAGGCACCUUAGCAUAACAUUAAAAAUAAAAUAGUGAUUUGUGAUGAAUAGAUGCUUAUAAACAAAAUAUAGAAAGCUGGUACCACAUUUGAGUAAGUUUCUCCCUAACUAUACACACUAUUGUGCACAAAAAACACAGCAACUGUAUGGCAAACAAAUGCCAACAACAGUGAAUAAAUCACUUAUGUGUCAAUGUCCGAUUGAAGAAUCUGCAAGUCGUUGAAACACGUCUCGGAGGGAGAGCCCAAGGACUUUUACUGCUUUUAACUUUUUUUUUUUUUAUUGCAUAUUUUAAUAUAUUCAGUUUUGCACUUUACUACUUUGUCCUAUGGCAUCAUAUACAAACUGGAUCCUGAAUUCACGAUGGGUUUGUGUUCUCCUUUAUGGACACAUAAGAGUUUUUACUCAGAGUCAGGUUAUGAGGGGCUCUUUUUAAAGUAAACAAUUAUCUGUCUCUUGGUCUAGUUGUUUCAUUUUCCAACCUACUGCACCAGAUACUUCUGUAUUCUUUUGUUCUUGCUUUGAGUUACUAUGGUUGGAAGAUUGAAGAAGGAUAGUGUCGCCACAGCACACAUCCACCUGAGCAAUCUGAGCCUAUCAUAAAGGGUGUAUCCUGUGUGAGUGUAGCCUAUGUAUUUGCAUUGCAUGCUUUAUCACAUAUUGCUACACUAUAUUCUUUUCUUUUCUUUUUUUUUUUUUUACCACUUGAUACCAGAUACCCACAUUGUUUAAGAGGUAAGUUUAUUGAUAAUAUAGUGCUCCACUUUAUCCACUAGUGUUGGCCUUGGUUUGCCCGUCAGUUGUUGUGUUUACUGUAUCAUAUCAUAAAUACACCUUCAGGACAGACUGACAUUUGCACAUUUACACUAUUCUCUAUUUCAACUUCCAUCAUGGAGAGAAAAAGCAACUUUAAUCUAUAUUUAAAAUAUAUUUUACUGGAAUUUCAUUAACACAAAGCACUGAUUGCAUUUAAUACAUAUCUAAAGCUGAUGUUAUUGUCCAUGUCGUUCACAUUUGACAGAUACAUUUAUCUGUUAACAGAUAUUUUGGGAUCUGCAAUAGUACACGCUAGAGUGCCAAAAUAAAGUGAUUUUUCUUAUGCUUUUCUUUAUUUUCUAUUUUCAAAACAGGAGUCUAUUUUAGAAGAACAAGAAAACAGAAAAGAAGAAAACAUUCACUUAGUUCGAUUUCUAAGGGUUUUUGCAAACUUCCUUGUGAUGUGCACCCUGGCUGGAAGUGGCUAUCUAAUUUACUUUGUUGUACGUAGGUCACAGCAAUUUGCCUUGGAUGGUCUGGAAAACUAUGGUUGGUGGGAACGUAAUGAAGUUAGUACUGAAUAUUUUACUUACUAAUAUUUUGAAAAGUAUGGAAAAGUUUAUAUAAAAUGUGAUGUUCCUCAAGUAAUUUCAUAUUGUGUGGUUAUUUCAUGUGCUUUAUAGUUUGUAGAAAAAAAAACAAAAAAAAACUUACACACGUGUAAUAUGUUUAGUUGUUGUCCCAAUGAAGAUUAUGAGAAUAUUUUUACUGGUUACUCUAAACACCCUAAAUAACCCAACAUUUUUGGAACCUGUUGUUUACAAAUUUCUGUUAAACUGGCCAUACGGAGUAAUAAAUAAAUGAAUGUGAUCCUUAUUCUAUAAACUGACAAUAUUCAGGUGUCAGGGAGUAUUUGAAAACUGUACCAUUCUCAAAAUCACUUUGGAGGCACAUGAUAUAACUAUUACACAGACUUUUGCUUAUUGCUUCUUGAUGUGCAUAAUUAAAAUGUGGAAGGUUGUAAUCUUCGGUAUAUGAAAAUAUGACAUUACAAUUCUCACAAAGAUUUGACCUUUGGUUUGUGAAAAACCUGGAUAUAGACUCAGACAAACAUAUUUUUUGCUUAAAUAGCUUGUCUUUCGAUGGGUCCCCGCUCAGUUCUCAAGCUGGUUUUAACUCAUUUUGUGCUAUUACAGAGAAAAAUCGAAAUCAUUUACAUAGAAGACAGAUCCCACCCUGAAGGAAGGUACAAAUCCAAAUUGCUAGCUUUCUCUCUCUGCACAAGAGAAACAGCAACCCUAGAGAACGGAAAACAGCCUUACUAGCUUGUCUUUUGGUAAAUCCCCGCUAAAUUAUCAUAGUCCGGGGUUGAUGUUUCUCUUUUGCAGAGAGAGCUUGCCAGCAUUUUGGAUGUGGACUGCACUUAUGGGUCUGAUAUGCAAGAAGUAAAAGUCCUCUCUGUAAUGUCACAAGUGAGCAAAACCAUUUUUGAGACCUGCUGGGACUAACUAAAGGGCAGGCUAUGGAGAUUUCUCUGAGCUUUUGCCCAUUUUCUCAUUUGUCAUAUUUUCUGUUUUUGUGGCACAGCUCAAUCUUUAUUAUUAUCAUAAUAUUAGGUACUUUACAUUGCACCCAUACUUGGAUUAUUUUCUUACCAGUAGCUCUGCAUUCAACAAUCUUAAACAGCCACAAAUUAAACAAGAGGUACAGCUUAAUAGUUUUCAAAAUAGUAAAGUCAAUCAUUGAAAUAUACAAGCUAGGAAUCUUCCUUCUACAACAGUUUUACUCUGACUUACUGGAAUGCCUGACAGUCAUUCUGAUGUAUUAGACAAUGUGAAACAGUUCGUCUACAAUACUGUUCCAUGCUGUAUAUACUUUUGUGUUUUUAACCCGUUAAUGCCGUUACGGCGUUCUAUGCCGUCCCACAUUAAGUGGGCUUUAAAGCCGUAACGGCUUUGAGCCCCUGGAGGUCCGGCGUACUCACCUCCACCGCGAUCCUCUUCUGGAGGGCUGCCUAACAGCCCAGGCAGCCCUCCCAUUGCAAAUCAGGCCCCCGGGGGCCAUGUGAUCGCUCUCAAAGAGCGAACACAUGGCCCCCUAUAGCUGGCUGUGGAUCUGCCAGCAGGGAGACUGUCUGAAAUGUCAGACAGCCCCCCUGCUGGUGGGAAAGUAAAAAAAAAAAAAAUCAUUAAACAUGUUAUAAAAUAAAAUAGAAAUGUAUUUAUAUAUAUAAUAUAUGUAUAUAUAUUAUAUAUAUAAUAUAUAUACAUAUUAUAUAUUUGUAACGUCAUACAAAGUGUAUUUUAAUAUUAAUAUAAGUACAUAUAUUAGUAUUAAAAUACACUUAGAAUGACGUUACAUAUAUACAGGGAGUGCAGAAUUAUUAGGCAAGUUGUAUUUUUGAGGAUUAAUUUUAUUAUUGAACAACAACCAUGUUCUCAAUGAACCCAAAAAACUAAUUAAUAUCAAAGCUGAAUAUUUUUGGAAGUAGUUUUUAGUUUGUUUUUAGUUAUAGCUAUGUUAGGGGGAUAUCUGUGUGUGCAGGUGACUAUUACUGUGCAUAAUUAUUAGUUCUCAAUGGGGUUCAGAUCAGGUGAACAAGGAGGCCAUGUCAUUAGAUUUUCUUCUUUUAUACCCUUUCUUGCCAGCCACGCUGUGGAGUACUUGGACGCGUGUGAUGGAGCAUUGUCCUGCAUGAAAAUCAUGUUUUUCUUGAAGGAUGCAGACUUCUUCCUGUACCACUGCUUGAAGAAGGUGUCUUCCAGGAACUGGCAGUAGGACUGGGAGUUGAGCUUGACUCCAUCCUCAACCCGAAAAGGCCCCACAAGCUCAUCUUUGAUGAUACCAGCCCAAACCAGUACUCCACCUCCACCUUGCUGGCGUCUGAGUCGGACUGGAGCUCUCUGCCCUUUACCAAUCCAGCCACGGGCCCAUCCAUCUGGCCCAUCAAGACUCACUCUCAUUUCAUCAGUCCAUAAAACCUUAGAAAAAUCAGUCUUGAGAUAUUUCUUGGCCCAGUCUUGACGUUUCAGCUUGUGUGUCUUGUUCAGUGGUGGUCGUCUUUCAGCCUUUCUUACCUUGGCCAUGUCUCUGAGUAUUGCACACCUUGUGCUUUUGGGCACUCAGUGAUGUUGCAGCUCUGAAAUAUGGCCAAACUGGUGGCAAGUGGCAUCGUGGCAGCUGCACGCUUGACUUUUCUCAGUUCAUGGGCAGUUAUUUUGCGCCUUGGUUUUUCCACACGCUUCUUGCGACCCUGUUGACUAUUUUGAAUGAAACGCUUGAUUGUUCGAUGAUCACGCUUCAGAAGCUUUGCAAUUUUAAGAGUGCUGCAUCCCUCUGCAAGAUAUCUCACUAUUUUUGACUUUUCUGAGCCUGUCAAGUCCUUCUUUUGACCCAUUUUGCCAAAGGAAAGGAAGUUGCCUAAUAAUUAUGCACACCUGAUAUAGGGUGUUGAUGUCAUUAGACCACACCCCUUCUCAUUACAGAGAUGCACAUCACCUAAUAUGCUUAAUUGGUAGUAGGCUUUCGAGCCUAUACAGCUUGGAGUAAGACAACAUGCAUAAAGAGGAUGAUGUGGUCAAAAUACUCAUUUGCCUAAUAAUUCUGCACUCCCUGUAUAAUAUAUAUAUAUAUAUAUAUAUAUAUAUAUAUAUAUAUAUAUAUUAUAUAUAUAAUAGAUAUAUACACAUAUAUUACAUAUAUACGUAUAAUUACAAUAAUAAAUAAAUAAAAUAAUAAAAUAAAUAAAAUAUUGAAACACAAUUUAAUAUAAAUGAUAUAUUCAUAUGUAAUUUCAUUCUAACUGUAUUUUGUUAUUAAUAUAUAUAUAUAUAUAUAUAUAUAUAUAUAUAUAUAUAUAUAUAUAUAUAUAUAUAUAUAUAUAUUGGUAACAAAAUACACUUAGAAUGACAUUCUAUAUAUAUAUAUAUAUAUAUAUAUAUAUAUAUAUAUAUAUAUAUAUAUAUCUAUAUAUAAAAUACAAAUAACCGCAAAUAUAUAUAUACAUAGAUAAAUACAUAUAAUUAUUUAAAAGAUUACAUUAGUAUACACGUAGAAUUUAAAUACCUAUAAAUGCAAAUAUAUUAAAAUUCUACAUGUAUAUUUAAGUAAUCUUUUAACAUAAUUAUGUGAUUUGAGUAAUUAAAAUUUGAUUGACAUGCCUGACAACACAGGGAGAAAGUGCAGAGAAUUGAAUUUGCAAGCACUAUAUUUGACACUGUAACUCUCCAAGACACCAUAAAACCUGUACAUAGGGGGUACUGUUUUACUCAGGAGACUUUGCUGAACUCAAAUAUUAGUGUUUCAAACUGGUAAAUUGUAUUACAACGAUGAUAUUUUAAAUAAAAGUGGCAUUUUUGCAUUUUUUACAAACGAACAGCACUUUUAUGGACUAUAUUAUUGUUGUAAUAUGUUUUAAUGUUUUAAAACACUAAUAAUUGUGUUUAGUGAAGUCUCACAAGAAUAACAGUACCCCCUAUGUACAGGUUUUAUGGUGUUUUGGAAAGUUAGAGAGGCACAUAUAAGGCUUGCAUUUCAUUUUUUUGACAUUGAAAUUUCCCAGAUUGGUUAUGUUGCCUUUGAGAGCGUAUGAUAGCCCAGGAAUGAGAAUUACCCCCAUGAUGGCAUACCAUUUGCAAAAGUAGACAACCCAAGGUAUUGCAAGUGGGGUAUGUCCAGUCUUUCUUAGUAGCCACUUAGUCACAAACACUGGCCAAAUAUUAGUUUUUUGCUUUUUCACACAAAAACAAAUAUGAACGCUAACUUUGGCCAGUGUUUGUGACUAAGUGGCUACUAAAAAAGACUAAACAUACCCCACUUUCAAUACCUUGGGUUGUCUACUUUUUCAAAUGUUAUGCCAUUAUGGGGGUAAUUCUCAUUCCUGGGCUACCACACCGUCUCAAAGGUAACAUUACUAAUCGGUCAAAUUUCAAUUUGAAAAUGGAACGUUCUAUAUUUGACCCUGUAACUUUCCAAAACACCAUAAAACCGUUUAAUGGGGUGUACUGUUGUACUCAUGAGACAUCGUUAAUUACAAAUAUGUGCAUUUUGUUGCAGUAAAACCUAACAGUAUUAUGACAUUCAAAGCUAAAAUGUCAGACGAAAAUACAAAUUAAAAAAAAUAUCUUAUUUUCUCACAUUUUUUUUUAAUUUUAUUCAUAAUAAAAUAUGUUCUAUAUAUGAAUAGUUAAUGAUAAAUUAAAGCCCUGUUUCUCCUGAACAAAAUAAUAUAUAAUAAGUGUGGGUGCACUUAAUGUGACAGCGGUGAAUUACGGUUGAACAGACAUAUAGCUCAAAUUCCAGUUUUUGUUUACGUUUUGAUCAGAACGUGCACUAUUGACUCCGUCCUGAAGGGGUUAACACACCUGAAAACCAAUAAAAUGCAUUUAUAUCUUUAAGAUAGAUAUAACAUGAAAGUCUAUCUGCUGCCGAACCUAAAAUCCUACUACAUAAUUUAAGCCAAACUGUACAUUAUAAAUAAUAGAUCGAAAGGUAGGUACCGAGGUUAGUAUGUAAGGUAGAUAGAUACAUGAUAGAUAGAUAGUCUCUCCAAACCCUGGUCCCUCCGCUACUCAGCAACCUGGUACAAACGCCAGAAACCACAGAAACCUAAUGCCCAUUCCAUGUAAUUUCACUAUAAUUCCUCCUUUAAAGCUGCCCUCUGGAAUGCACACUCUGUGUGCAGCACCUUUAAAUAAACUUCCAUCCAUGACCUAUUUAUCUCACACUCCCUAAACCUACUUGCACUAACAGAAACAUGGUUCUCUCCCUCUGAUACUGCUACCCCUGUCUCACUAUCCUUUGCUGGUCUUCACUUUACCCACAUCCAAGACAAGCAUUGAAUAAAGGUGGCGGUGUAGGUUUUCUCCUUACACCCCACUGCUCCUUUAAAACUCUGCCCAUCCCCCCUUCCCUCUCUUUCCCAUCAUUUGAAAUUCAUUCAAUUCGCCUUUUCAAACCCUUCUCUGCUAACAUUGCCGUUAUCUAUCGCCCCCCUGGUUACCCUCUCCUCUUCCUUGAUCAUUUUGCUGCCUGGCUAACCUACUUCCUUGAACGCUGCAGCCCUGCUCCAAAAAUGCACCUCGAGGAGGACACACACCCCAACCUUGGCAUACUAAAUCAACACACUAUCUGCAUAGUUGCUCCCGUUGUGCUGAACGCUCCUGGAGGAAGUCACGCACCCAGGCAGACUAUCUUCAUUAUAGAUUUAUAUUGUGUUCAUACAGCGCAGCCCUUGCCCUCGCCAAACAGUCAUACUUUUCCUCUCUCAUUAGUUCAUGCUCCUGCAAUCCCAGGUGUCUCUUUGACACCUUUAACUCUUUUCUCCGCCCUGCUGUGGCCACCCCCCCAAACUAACCUUACAGCUGAUAGCUUCGCAUGCUACUUUACCGACAAGAUUGAACAGCUAAGGAAAGAAUUCUCCCCUCCUUGCCAUUCUCUUUCUCAACCACACAUAGAUCAUGCCUUUCCUACCCUUCAGACUUUCUCCCCAGCUACUGAACAAGAGGUGGCUGUGCUCCUCCUUUCCUCUCAGCCCACCACUUGCCUGCUCGAUCCUGUCCCAUCUCAUCAGAUCUUUCUCAUUUUGUCUUGUGCCUUCCCUAACACACAUCUUCAACUGCUCUCUCUCUUCUGGCAUUGUCCCUGCUGACCUUAAACAUGCCACUGUAAUACCUAUCCUUAAAAAAACAUCUCUUGUCCUGUCCUCAUCCUCUAACUAUCGUCCCAUAUCCCUGCUCCCUUUUUCCUCAAAGCUUCUGGAAAGACUUGUCUUUACCUGUGUGUCUCGCUUCCUCAAUUCCAACUCUCUCCUUGACCCUCUUCAGUCUGGCUCACGCCCUCUCCACUCUACUGAGACUGCUCUUAUCAAAGUUACUAAUGACCUAAUCGCAGCUAAAUCCAAAGGCCAGUAUUCCAUAUUAAUUCUUCUUGACUUCUCUGCUGCCUUUGACACUGUUGAUCAUGCUCUACUCCUUCAAACUCUUCAAUCACUCUGUCUCUGUGACUCUUUCCUUUCAUGGAUUUCCUCUUAUCUCUCCCAACACUCUUUCAGUGUUUCCUUUUCCAAAGAUACCUCCUCCUCUCGUCCUGUCUCGGUUGGAGUUGCCCAGGUUCUGUCCUUGGUACCCUUCUAUUUUUUCUUUAUACUGCCUCUCUUGGUAAACUUAUUGCCUCUUUUGGAUUCCACUACCACCUGUACGCUGAUGACACCCAAAUAUAUCUCUCCUCCCUGGACCUCUCCCCUGCCGUCCUACAACGUGUCACUGCUUGCCUUUCUUCCAUCUCUGACUGGAUGUCCUCCCGCUUUCUGAAACUCAAUCUCUCUAAAACUGAACUCCUUGUCUUUCCUCCUCCUAAUACUGAUACUCCUCUCUCACUCUCCCUUCAAGUCAGUGGUAUCUCAUAAGUCUAUCCUGGCAAGCAUGCUGUCUUGGUGUCAUACUUGACUCUGGCCUCACCUUUGAGCCUCACAUCCAGUUUCUUGCCAAAUCCUGUAGAUUCCAACUUAAAAAACAUAGCCCGCAUCCGCCCCUUUCUUUCAAAAGAUGCUACCAAAGAGCUGGUCCAUGCUCCAGUAAUUUCCUGCAUGGAUUAUUGUAACCCUCUUCUGUUUGGUCUUCCCAAAAGCCAUAUCGCCCCACUACAGUCUGUAAUGAAUGCCGCCACCAGGCUGAUUUUACUCUCUAGUUGGUCCUCUCACACCUCACCCCUCUGUCAGUCCUUACAUUUGCUUCCUGUAUCCUAUAGGAGUCAAUUCAAAGUGCUAACCCAUACCUAUACAUAGUUACAUAGUUACAUUGCUGAAAAGAGACUUGCGUCCAUCAAGUUCAGCCUUCCUCACAUUUGUUUUUGCUAUUGAUCCAAAAGAAGGCAAAAAACCUAGUCUGAAGCGCUUCCAAUUUUGCCACAAACUAGGAAAAAUUCCCUUCUUGACCCCAAAAUAGCAGUACGAUGUCUCCUUAGAUCAAGCAGCUAUUACCCCACUAAUUAGAAAUUAUAUCCGUGUAUGUUAUGUUUUUGUAAGUAUUUAUCCAAUUGCAGUUUAAAAAUCUGUAAUGACUCUGACAAAACCACCUCAGGCAGAGAAUUCCAUAUCCUUAUUGCUCUUACUGUAAAAAAAACCUUAGGCAAUAUCUCCUUUCUUCCAGCCUAAAUGUGUGACCUCGUGUCCUAUGUAUAGCCCUGUUUAUAUGAAUAGAUUUCCAGAUAAAGGUUUGUACUGGCCCCGAAUAUAUUUGUAUAAAGUUAUCAUAUCCCCUUUCAGGUGCCGUUUUUCCUAACUAAACAGAUUAAAUUUUUUAACCUUUCUUCAUAACUAAAAUGCUCCAUUCCUUUGAUCAAUUUUGUAGCUCGUCUCUGGACCCUCUCCAGUGCCAUGAUAUCCUUCUUUAGAACAGGCGCCCAAAAUUGCACAGCAUAUUCAAGGUGUGGUCUUACCAGCGAUUUAUAAAGAGACAAAAUUAUAUUUUCAUCCCAAGAAUUUAUGCCCCUAUUUAUACAUGACAAAACCUUACUGGCCUUAGCAACUGCAGAUUGACAUUGCAUAUUGCUGCCUAAUUUGUUGUCUAUAACAAUUCCCAAAUGCUUCUCGUGUGUGAUUAUCCCUAAUUCACUACCAUUUAGUGUGUAAGUUGCUUGUGCGUUCUUAACCCCGAAGUGCAUAACUUUGCAUUUCUCUACGUUAAAUUUCAUCUGCCAUUUUAGUGCCCAGUCCCCCAAUCUAUCCAAAUCCAUCUGCAGCAAAGCAAUAUCCUGCUCACAUUUUAUUACUUUACAAAGUUUUGUGUCAUCUGCAAACACUGAUACAUGGCUUUCAAUGCCUAUUUCAAGAUCAUUUAUAAAUAUGUUAAAUAGAAGUGGUCCCAAAACAGAACCCUGAGGGACGCCACUUACCACUUUUGUCCAGCCUGAAAAUUUACCAUUAAUGACAACUCGUUGUACUCUAUCCUUAAGCCAAUGUUCUACCCAAGAACAAGAAUAUUCAUCUAGACCAAUUUCUUUUAGUUUGAAGACUAACCUAUUGUGAGGAACCGUAUCAAAUGCCUUGGCAAAAUCCAAGUAGAUCACAUCCACUGCAACACCCUGAUUUAUACUUCUACUUACUUCUUCGUAGAAUGCAAUUCGGUUAGUUUGACAUGACCUAUGUUUCAUAAAACCAUGCUGAUUAUUGCUAAUAACAAAGUUCUUCCCAAUGAAUUCCUGAAUAUCAUGCCUUAAUAGCCCUUCAAAUAUUUUCCCAGUUACAUAAGUUAAGCUCAGAGGUCUAUAUAUAGGAACAACAUCUUCCUCCAAACCUAUGGUACAACACCUGAAACAAAAGAAUCUUGAAAAAUUAAAUACAGAGGUUCACAUAUUUCUCCACUUCGCUCCUUAAGUACUCGUGGGUGAAUACCAUCAGGCCCCGGAGCUUUAUUUACAUUAAUUUUCUUUAAUAGCUGUAGCACCUCGUCUCGAGUUAUCCAAUCACAAGUUAUUUGCAAGUUUUUUGCAGUAAUCAUUUGCAUAUCUCUUGCCAUAGGAUCCUCAUUAAUAUAUACUGAAGAAAAUAGUUAAUUUAAAUUUCUGCUUUUUCCUGGUCUUCAUUAGCUAAUAAACCCAACUCUGUUUCCAGUGUACCUACAUUUUUUGUUUUUUUAGAAUUGAUGUACUUUUUUUUUUAAUUUUGGGCUUGGUUUUGUAUUCUUUAGCUAUCAAUUUCUAAUUUUCUAGUUUAGCCACUUUAAUUGCCUUUUUGCAAGCGUUAUUGGCUUCCUUAUAUCUUAAAUAGGAUGCCUCUGAUUUGUCUGAUUUAAAUGCUUUAAAUGCCAUUUUCUUAUUUUUAAUCUCUUGUUUUACUUCUCUACUAAGCCACAUUGGUUUUAAUUUGUUUCUUCUAUAUUGAUUACCCAAUGGUACAUACUGAGAAAUGUACCUUUCUAAUAUUUGUUUGAAUAGUUUCCAUUUAUCCUCAGUGUUUUUAUCACUAAGGAGUUUAUGCCAGUCGAUAUGUUGUAGAGCUGCCCUAAUCUUAUUGAAAUUGGCAUUUUAAAAAGUAUAUGUUUUAGUAUAUCCCACUUACUUUUGCUUUUUUGAGUUUAUUUCAAAAUUUACCAUAUUGUGAUCACUAUUUCCCAAAUGCUCCCCUACUUUAAUGUUGGUUAAAAGAUCAACAUUGUUUGUUAUAACGAGAUCCAGACAAGCAUCCUUUCUAGUUGGUGCUUGUACCAGUUGUGACAUAAAGGUAUCAUUUAACACAUUCAAAAACCUGAUUCCCCUUGCUGAAGUACUAGUCCCUCUAUCCCAGUUUAUGUCUGGGUAAUUAAAUCUCCAAUAAUCAACGUGUUACCUCGAUUUGCAGCUUUCUUAAUUUGCUCUAACAGCUGUUCUUCCUCAAUAAUAUUUACAUUAGGUGGUUUAUAACAUAUCCCAACCAAUAAUUGAUUUCCCUUUGUUUGCCCCAAGCAGAUAUCUACCCAUAAAGCCUCCACAUUUUCCUUGUCACACUCCACAUGCCUAAGAUUUGACUUUAACUCAUGGUUGACAUAUAAACAUACCCCACCACCCUUCUUGUUUUUCCCAUCCUUCCUAAAUAACGUGUACCCAUUUAAAUUAACUGCCCAGUCAUGUGUCUCAUCCCACCAUGUUUCUGUUAUGCCUAUUAUAUCAUAUUGUUUAGUGUAUGCUAUUGCCUCUAGUUCCCCCAUUUUGUUAUAUAGGCUCCUUGCAUUAGUAAGCAUACAUUUAAUAUUAUCAUGAGUCUUUUGUACUUUUUGUGAAUUAUGAAUAUGACAUACCUCCUCUGUUCUGAGCUUUCCCCUCCCCCCAUCUCCACCCCCUUUGUUCUGAGCUAAAGCCCAUCUCCUUUCCAUCCUCUCUCCAUUUUCUAGAUUGCUUUGACCCUCCCCCCCUACCACUAGUUUAAAAUCUCCUCCAACCUUCUAGCCAUCCUACCCCCCAGCACAGCAGGCCCUCUUCUGUUUAGGUGCAAUCCAUCAUGACUAUACAGGUUGUACCCAAGCGCAAAAUUGGCCCAGUGCUCUAAAAACCCCAAACCCUCUUUCCUGCACCAAGACUUUAGCCACGCAUUGACCUCUCAAAUCUCCCGCUGCCUUUCUGCUGUAGCGAGCGGCACAGGUAAUAUUUCUGAAAAAAUUAUCUUGGAGGUCCUUUUCUUUAGCUUACUUCCUAGUUCCCUGAACUCAUUCUUUAGGACCUUCCAUUUUCCUCUAACUUUGUCAUUGGUACCAAUAUGGACCAUGACAGCUGGGUCAUCUCCAGCCCCUCCCAAUAAUCCCUCCACUCUGUCAGCAACAUGCCAGACCCGAACACCCAGGAGACAGCAAACGGUCCGGUUGAGUCAAUCACAGUGGCAGAUUACCCUAUCUACUCUCUUAAUAAUAGAGUCCCCUACCACCACAACCUGUCUAGACUUCCUUACCCUCUCAAUCCCACCCGUACUAGAGGGGCUGUUUCCACGGCAGUACAGCUACUCCUGAGCUGAUGCUCCCAACAUCUUCACUCAAACGGGCAAAUCUGUUAGGCUGCAUGAGAUCAGGACUAGCUAAACCUUUUCUCUUCCCUCCCCCCCUGCUUCCUUGCCCCACUGUCACCCAGCUACAUGCCUGUUCCCCAUCUGUCUUAUCUCCUCCCUCUCCACUACCUGUCUCCCCUAAACUCUGCUCAGUGAGCAGCAGACUCCUCUCAAGAUUGUCAGUCUCCCUCAGUGUUACAAUUUGCCUCUCCAGAUCUCUAAUCUGAGCUUCCAGAAAUGCCACUCGCUCACACCCACCACAGAGGUAUGGAUCCUGGACAGAAUCAUCCAGGCAUGCAUACAUGCGGCAUGAUGUGCACUGAGUUAAACUCGCAAUCUUGCUAGCACUCAUACCCAGUCACAAAAAACACAAGUGAGCAAAAACAAUAUUAACCCUCUUGGUUUACCUCCCUUGUAGUUUCAACUCCUGUUGUUUUAACUCCUACUUAAAAGAGACUACUUGAAAUAGCCUACUUUCAAGCAAACUCCAGUGAGCAAGCUCUGUGAGUCAGUAGUGGGUUUAUAUUGGCAAUACAAAUCCCACACAGGUGGAAGUUAAGGGACACUCCCCCUAAUUAGCUCAGCAGCAGCAGCACCCACAAGGAGGGGAAGAGAAACAACAAGAGAGGAAAAAAAAGAAGAAAAAAAAAGGAGGGAAAAUGUUUUAAAUAAUACCAGCAAGGAAAACCUAUAAAGCACUGAACAAUUCUAGCCUCUCUUAUAUCUCUUCACAGAUCCGUAGGUAUGCCCCUCCUCGUUCCCUCCGCUCUUCCCGUGACUACCUCUUGACCGCUGUUCGCACCUGUACGGCCAACUCACGCUUGCAGGACUUCUCGCAGGCGGCUCCCUUCCUUUGGAAUAGCCUGCCUACCGCCAUCAGACUCUCCCCUAGUCUUCAAUCCUUUAAGAAGUGCCUUAAAACCCAUCUCUUUAGGAAAGCUUAUGGCCUCCCAGAGUAACCUCUACCUUACACACCUGUCUCUUGUUCUCUUCUAAAGGGCAGCACUCUACUCUCUCCUCCAGCUCUGCUUCACUCCCACUUUAUUUGAUUGCUAUUUCCUGUCCUAAUGUGUUUUAUACCCCACCUCCUAUAGACUGUAAGCUCGUUUGAACAGGGUCCUCUACAACCUAUUGUUCCUAUAAGUUUUCUUGUAAUUGUUCUAUUUAUAGUUACGCCCCCUCUCAUAAUAUUGUAAAGCGCUAUGGAAUCUGUUGGCGCUAUAUAAAUUGUAGUAAUUAUAAUAAUAAUAAUAAUAAUAAUAACUAGAUAGAUAGAUUGAUUUAAGCCAAAGUUUUAUUUAUUUGUUUAGAGUUUUUUAUGUGUAAUAUUUUUUUUUUUUUUUUAAAGGUGAACACGGUUAUGUCUCUGUUAGGAAUGUUUUGCCCCACAAUGUUUGAUGUAAUUAGUGGACUGGAGAAUUACCACCCAAGAAUAGCACUAAGAUGGCAGCUGGGACGCAUAUUUGCCCUGUUCUUGGGUAACUUGUACACAUUCCUUAUUGCCCUUAUGGAUGAAAUUAACCUUAAGGUACAGCAAGGUUAAUUAUUUUAUAACUCUAUUAUUAAAUGCAUGUGUUUUUCUUGUCUGGUGCAAAAUGUUUUAUUUCUAUUUUAUUGAUUUAUUUUUUUUAUUGUCAAACUAUUUUAGCGAGAGGAAGAGAAGGUUGUGCAAUAUAAUAUGACACUUUGGGAAGCCAGCUUAUACAAUGCAUCAUAUUCAGAAAACUCUACAGGGCGCCCUUUUGUUGAUCCAUCAGAUGUUCCUAGAGGGCCAUGCUGGGAGACAAUGGUGGGGCAGGUUAGUGAAUUUGUAAAACCAAGACAUAAUUAACUUACUGAAAAUACAUGUUCAAUUUAAGGACAAAACACAAAUUAUAUAAACAAUCCCUGAAUACAUAUUAAAACAAAGUAAAGCUAUAAAGUUACAUCGGAUAACUCUUGAAAUAUACUGCUACAUGACUGAAUUCUGAACCUAUCAGAAUAUCUUAAAGGGACACUAUAGUCACCAAAACAAUUUUAGGUUUAUGAAGCCAUUUUGGUGUAUAGAUCAUGCUCAUGUAGUGCCACUGCUCAAUUCCCUGCCAUUCAGGAGGUAAAUCACUUUUGUUUCUGUUUAUGCAACCCUAGCCACACCUCACUUGGCUGUGACUGACACAGCCUGCAUGAAAACAAAAUGGUUUCAUUUUCAAUCAGAUGGUAACUUACUUUAAAAGUUUUUACCUCCUGCACUGUAAAUUAAACUUUAACUACAUACAGGAGGCUCCAGCAGGAUUUAAAAAGCUGUUGAUUGAUCAGGAGAUAAGAAAUUCUAAAUUAAACAUAAUUUGCAAUAAACUAAGUGUAAACAUUAGAUGACUCUUUACAGGAAGUAUUUAGGAAGGAUGUGCAAAUCACAUGCAGGUAGCUGUGACAAGGGCUAUAUAAACAAAGUGAUUUAAUUUCUAAAUGGCAGUGAAUUGAGCAGUAAGACUGUAGGGGCAUGAUCUACACACCAAAACUGCUUCAUUAAACUAAAGUUGUUUUGGUGACUACAGUGUCCCUUAAAUAUAUACUUAAUAUAUCUAAUUUUUUCUGUUUUUAAUCCUUAGUAAGAAAACGAAUUGCUGACAUAAUAAUAAAUAGCACACAAUGAGCCAUUCUGCAUCUAGCUCAUUCUCUUCUUUAACUGCCAUAACCACACCUCAUCUACGAUCAAGUUUGGUGACAUAUGACAUUAUUCUGCUUUGGAAAAUAUGAUAAAUCACAGCACUUGCAUUGUAGAGGACUAUUUAACUUGCUUCUAUGUAUGACUUCAAAUAGCUGCAAAUUCCCUGGAGAGAAUCACAUUUAUAAACUUUUUAACUAAGAUGUAUAUUUAUGGGAAGUUAAUUACUUUUUUUCUAUAUUUACAGGAGUUUGUUCGCCUCACUGUUUCUGAUAUUAUGACCACUUACAUUACUAUUCUUACUGGAGACUUCUUGCAAGCAGUAUUUGUUCGAUUUUUUAACUACUGUUGGUGUUGGGAUUUGGAAUAUGGAUGGGUAAGGGAUUUUUCUGUAUGUUUAACUAACAUCUUUGUGUGUUUCUUUGUUUAUCUUUGGAUGAUUAUACAAUAUUAAAAAAAAAAUAUUUCCCCUGGAGCAAUGUAAUGUUGCAUAUUUUAUUCUUAACAAUUUCAAUUCUUAGCCCAGCGCUAACAACCUAUUAAUGAAAUCUAAAGUUGGAAAAUGCUUCACUGGAAAAUGCUCAAGUGAAACUUCUGCAUCUUCUGAGUGAUAGCAGAGGGGCUGUGUUAGAGUGAACAGAGGCUUACAGGUUUUCACAAAGAGGUAUGAUGUAGUUGUUAUGGAAGCAGGAAUGCCCUGGCACACCCCCAAGUAAGUAAUCAAACCAUUUUAGUACAGUUUGACAACUAGUGUCCUGCUAGGCUCUCAGCCCCUGUUUCCAUAUUUCUCCUCCAGGAGAAUCAAGGUCUCCUCCAGGAGAAUCCAGGCAUCUAGCAUCUGCUACAGAAAAAGACCUGAUACGGUCAAGUUGUCAAACUGGGUUAAAAUGGGUUGACUACAUACAAGGGGAUGUUGUCAGGGUACCCCUGACACCAUAUCAAGUACAAUGGGCUGUAGUGGUUAUGAUGCUUUGAGUAUUCCUUUAAAAGUCGUCUUCUCAUGAAAUCCCACCAUCUCAUAAUUUACACUUUCAACAAAUGUAAUGGGCUCUAAUUCUUCUUCUUCUUUUUUUUUUAUUCCAGCCAUCAUAUUGUGAAUUUGAUAUCAGUGGUAAUGUUCUGGGAUUAAUUUUUAACCAAGGGAUGAUCUGGUAUGUAAAAAUGAGCAUGUACAAUCGAAAUGUAGACAACAUGUUCCUGCAACAUACGUCAAUGCUCAAUAAAAUAGCACAGCUUUUAAUUUUUUGUGUAUUGCUGGGAUGUAUUUUUAAAAAGUUCCAUACUUAAAUAAUUUCAACUCUCUAUAUAGAAAAUACACUCCACAACUACCCGACAAAAAACAUUCCACAACACUUUCACUAUAUAAAAAAUGGUAGUGACUUGGAAAUGGAAUUGCAGACUUCAUGGAAAAUCUCCAUCUCAGACACAGACACAUCUUGGCUACGUUAGUUUAAAUUUUGUAAUUCAUUAUCAAUUCCUACCAUUCAUAUUUAGUAAAUAAACCUCAUUGGGUUGUUCUUCACACAUUCAAUGCAAUAAAAUAUAUGCUAUGCAAUAUAAAAAGCACCUUUAAGCCACUGUGUAAUGGAAGACAAUGAAAUAGGCAUAGGGAUAUCAAAUAACUAGUGUAAUCUUAAUUUUUUUAUUCAUAUUUUAAUUUAUCUUGAUUAUCAUAAUUUUUUUUUUAACAAUUUAUCAGUGAGUUUGAGACUUAUCUUGUUUUCAUGUAUAUAUUAUGUAUAUGAAUACAAAGAGAGGUUUGGAAUGUUGAAAACAGUCUAAAGUGGCCAAAGAGACAAACAGAUCUGAAAUGGGUAGAUAGAUCUAACUCAGGAAAGUUGGCAGAAUCAGGGAAGGACAAGUGUUGCAAGAGUGUUUCUGAAAUAAAUAUACACAGAAUAUGAGUGUAUGGUUAUACAUUUUAACCUUUCUCUCUAUUUUUUUUAUUUUUUAUAGGAUGGGAUCAUUUUAUGCUCCAUGCCUACCAGCUAUCAAUGUAUUUCGUCUUCAUACUUCCAUGUACUUACAGUGUUGGGCAGUUAUGUGUUGCAAUGUUCCCCAUGCAAGAGUAUUUAAAGCCUCCAGAUCCAAUAACUUCUAUAUGGCCAUGUUACUCUUUAUACUCUUCUUAGCUAUGUUACCAGUUAUCUAUACCAUAGUAUCAAUCCCACCAUCCUUUGACUGUGGACCUUUCAGGUAGUUAUCUUUACAUUACCUUUUUAAAAUGUUAGUUACAUGCUUGCCUUACUCCUAUCACUGCUUUCUUAUCUAUGUAGAACACAGGUGACAGGUGACAGUGCCACAGGAUAAAAUAUGGUAGCACAGUAUGAUAAACAAGUACCCAUGGCUUCCAACAGCCCCACAUCUGUAAGCAGUCAAACUGGUUGCUAUCACUUUGACAUCUAAACUGGCAUCUAUUGGCACCAAUCACUUCCAUUACUUAGAGGUAUAAGCACCUGCAGCUAUACAAAUCUGCUAGAGCUUAGAGUGCUUCUAUAAAAGCAUUAUCAAUGUCUAGAUUGUCUUGGUAUAUUGAGCCUUCCCCAAGUUCAUACAUUUAAAGAUAACUACUUGUAUCAUUUAUAAUUUUGAACAAAAUGACUACAGUUGUUCACGGAACACCACACAGGAAAGACAAACUACAAUCCAUAAAAGGGUAUAAAAGGCAAACAUUUUUGUUUCUUCUUACUAGUAUUGGAUUAGAAUUAAAAUAAGGCAAUAUCAUCCUCUUGGAAUGUUACUAAAUUCCUAUGGGUGACUGUAUGAUACCUAUAUUAAAACUCACCCAAAACUCAAAGGCUUUAUGUGUCCUUUAAAAAGUAUGUACAUUAUAAAUGGGGGCACUUAAUGAAAAAGUGUGAAAUUGCAAUGCAACCAAGAGCAAAAAUGCUUUCGGCAUUCAUACAUCAAAACUCUGAACACCCUAUGAAGAGGUUAAUCAUGUUAAUGUGAUAUAAUUUUCCUAAAUGUCCAAGUGUGUUAUGUAAUCCUUUUGUUUAUUUCUAAAUGUGAAACAUGGAAACAGAGGCUGAUACAGAUCUACAGUAUAGUAACUCAAAGCAACCAAAGUAAAUAUAUGGCAUUAAGUAAUAAUUUUUUGGUCAGUUAUUUUUUUCAAUUUGACAAUUUCCUUUUCUUUUUUUAUUCCAAACAAGAUAGCAUAUAGUAUAAAACAUGAGAAAAGUACUUUAGGAAUAUUACAGAAGGCAGCCCUCUACAAGUGAUGGCUUACACAACAUUCAACACGACAAAUGAUAUUAUAAAUAUUAUUCUUGACAUACCGAUAUACAGCAGUAAAACGGUCCAUAUACAGGUUAUACAUGCUAUUGUCAUCAAUUACAUUGAAUUCAAUUCUGCAACUAACAUGCUUCAGGAGGUAACAUAUUUGUCAGAAUAUGAAGCAUUCGGUAGCACUCCUACUAAUGUCUCAUAUUGUCUAGUCAAGGUGUAGUGUUGGAAUUGAGGUCGUGUGUAAUGACCCCAUUUUCAAUUGUCAAAACUCUGCCUAAUCAAUCGUGCUUUUCGUUGCCAAGUGGAGCCUUCAUCUUGAGAUAGAAAACACCUUAAAGGAAUGAGAUUGAGAAGAGCAAUAGGAACAGAGAAGCCAGAAAAGUAUGGGAGCAGGGUAGUCUGUGAAAGAAAAUGAAGAGAGUAGGAUAGUUCCCAACUAUGUACACAUGGGUUCCAAUGUUGUGUUAUGCCCAUGAAGUGACAUUAGGUUGGAAAGUGGUCGUGGUGCAGGCACAGGUAUCGGUCUGUUUUUUUUUUUGUAAAUCUGCUGUAUUAUUUUAAUUAUAAUGUCAGGAAUUAAUGGGGUUUGUUGGCCUUUGAUGGUACGUAUAUAUAUAUAUAUUUUUUUUUACAGAUUCUUAGAUUAUUGCUCUAUAAGGCAAGACUUUUUUAUUUAUUUUUAAGAGGGUGACUAGGGGCUUUGGUACCCCUAUGGGGAGGUUUGACAAUUUUCCAAUUUGUUGAGAGGAAGCAAUGGAAUGUUCACCCCGUCUAUAUUUUAUUAGUAGCCCACAAUCACCACCUAUGGGUAGGGGUGAUAUUAGGUCCCUCCAUUUACUAAAUUAAUUGCCCCCAUCCACCUCUAAUUCAAGGGGGCUGUAAGUGAAACUAGGUCCAUCCACUAAGAUGUCCCCCGACCCCCAAUUUUCUAUUUCUAUCACUAGACAUGGGUAAGGGCAAGUACAUGGUCAGUGAUCUAUCCCACCUGUUAUGUUACAGGGCCCAUCCUCAUGGCAUAUGGCUUUUCUAGCAACUGGGCAGCAAUGGCUGCCUAGUCGCUAGUUUACAGAUACGCAUACUCACUUAUUUAGUAGAUAUCCCUCCACCCACGACAUGGCAGGUGGGGUCAUAAGGCAGUUUAAAAAGCUCCCUUAUAGUAAUAUAGGAAUCAUAGUUUCCCCCAUAUGCGUAUUUUUAUCCUUAGUAGGCUUUUUUUUUUUUUUUUUAAACGUUUUCAUGUGGCAGCUAAUUAGCAUGUACUGGCUAGCUGCCAUAUAGUUAACCCUUGCAUAACUGAGAGGUUUUUUUGUUUUUGUUUUUUUAUCUAUCUACGCUAGCAACCAGUGGGCAAACAGUUUGGAUUUUUAACAUCUUUAUAUCCAGCUCAAAUACAGACCAAAUUCAGGCUUGUUUGGAUUCUGCUCUGCAAAAUCUCUACAUUCAUAAAUAUUGUCAAGAAUGUCUGGAUUUUGCGGCCUAAAUGCAUAAACUAGUGGUUUUGCUCCAGUUGGUGAAUAAUCAACAGUGAAUAAUGACACAAUGACAUAUCUUAACACCAUUAAGAGUUUCAAUGUAUAAAUGUUUAUAUCAACAUUAAUUAAGCAAUUAUAGUUAUGACAGUCACAGUGUAAAACAAGAGAAAAUGAUUACAUUUAAGAUUUUAAUUGCAACAGUACAUGUUAACUGAACAAUUUGUCAAAUAGUGAACUGAAGGCUGCAUUUACAUAUAAUGGCUCUAGUUAUUAAACUAGGAAUUGAGUAGAAUAAAAUAAUACAGUUUAAAGGGACAUUCUAAGCACAAAACAGCUUAAGCUUAGUGGAGUAGGUUUGGUGUUUAGAUAAUGUCCCCACAGUCUCACAGAUUAAUUAUUUGUAAUUAACGAGUUAAAUCACAUUGUUUAUGCCCUAACCACACUUGCCAUGCCUGAGACUUACACAGCCUCCCUACACACUUCCUGUAAAGAUAGAUCUAAUUGUUAUACUUACUUUGUUACAAACUGUGUUUAAUUAAUAAUGUCUUAUCUCCUGCUCUAUUAAUAGCCAGCUAGAGUGGUUAGAAGCCCCAUGUGUCUGUUUAAACUUCAAUUAACAGGAGGUAAGCCUUAUAAAAUAAACACACUGUGCUGUAACAUCUCAUUGUGUGAGUCAAAGCCAAGGGAGGUGUGGCUAUGGCCUAUACACUAAAUGAUAUGCUAUAUACACUAAAAUCAAUUAAGAUAAAGAUGUUUGGGUGUAGAGUAUCACUUUAAGUCAAAAUAGCCAAAUAGGAAAAAAUAUACAAGAUACUUUUCCAGCUCAGCUAUUUUGGUCUAAAAUGUACAAUUUACUUGUCAUUGAUCCACAGCUGCUAAAUUACUCAAUAAAACCCCAGUUUCUAAAUCAAAUUCUUUGUAUAAAUUCUUCAAAUAUGUUUGCAAUCAGGUGGACCCUCCUACUGGAAUUGUUUAGGCCAUGUAGAAGUAAUUCACCAGAUGCAAGAGCAAAUUGUUGCCUAAAGUACAGGAGGUCCUUCAUGUGUGGAGAACCUGGCUGUUCUUCCUAAACACUAGUCCAUAAUCACACUGUCUCUGUAGGCCCAUGUUGCAUGCCUUUAAGCUCCGGAUGGCUCAGCUUAUCCCCUCUUUUUUUUUUCUUUCUGUUUCCACUCUCUCUUCUGAUUACACUGAACAUUUUCUGUUUUAUUCUGCUACUUGCUUGCCCUGCGGUGUCUUCAAACUCCACAGAAAAUGAUAAUGCCAACGUGUUUCUCCUGCAUUCUUUAAAUAUGGGUACGCUUCUAUUUUCAUUUGUACUGUUUGUUUUUGACUUACAAUGGACUCUCGUGCACUCUGGUGUUACAUUUCUGAUGCUUCUACACUACAAAUAUCCUUCUAUUUCUCUGUUUACUGCAGUGUUCAUUCUGUUUAUACAAGUCUUUAAAUAUAUAACUGCAUUCUUCCUAUUUAGUGGAAAGCAGAGAAUGUUUGAAGUCAUACAGGAGACCUUACAACAUGAUUUCCCAGCUUGGUUUGCAAAAGUGUUUGGCUACGCCUCAAACCCUGGACUUAUUCUGCCUUUCAUCCUGCUCAUGGUGUAUGUAUAAGCUUGACAAAGCAUUUUUUUUAAAUGUCAGUUAUGACAGGCGGUCCUGGUGAACUCCAAACAUACAAUUCAAAUGAAGUAGCCCACAUGGUGCUGAAGGGGUAUGCGUAUGUGUUACAUAAGUGCACUGGUACAUCAUAGAAACAUAGAAACAUAGAAUGUGACGGCAGAUAAGAACCAUUCGGCCCAUCUAGUCUGCCCAAUAUUUCAAAAUACUUUUAAUUAGUCCCUGGCCUUAUCUUAAUUCUAGGAUAGCCUUAUGCCUAUCCCACGCAUGCUUAAACUCCUUCACUGUGUUAACCUCUACCACUUCAGCUGGAAGGCUAUUCCAUGCAUCCAUUACCCUCUCAGUAAAGUAAUACUUCCUAAAAUUAUUUUUAAACCUUUACCCCUCUAAUUUAAGACAAUGUCCUCUUGUUGUGGUAGUUCUCCUUCUUUUAAAUAUAGUCUCCUUCUUUACUGUGUUGAUUCCCUUUAUGUAUUUAAAUGUUUCUAUCAUAUCCCCACUGCCUUGUCUUUCCUCCAAGCUAUACAAAAUUUGGUGACCACAGCGUUGUAAAAUCAGGUUCUCUUGCGCUGGCCGGGAACCAAACCCAGGGCAACGGCUUGGAAGGCAGCUAUGCUCACCACUAUAUCACCAACACUUAUCUUUGCUAUUUGUUUCAAAAUCUUCAGUGUAGACAAGUGUUUUAGGCAGGGAUGCAUGUACUCUUAUUAAAAAAUGAAGUUUUGAAAGCAUUAUUUGCCUGAAAAAAGAUAAAAUCUGGCUAUCUGCAUUUUUCAUGCAUAGCAUUUUUGACAUUCAAAUGGUGAUGUGAAAAUUAGUAGCUUCUUGAAGAUUCAGAAUAAGUGGUUUUGGAAGUAUUAAUGAUCCCACGCUGAUCUUCAGUGUUCACAUAGUAUCGAAGGGAGGGGAAAUGUCCAAAAUGCAAUGAAGAAACAUCAGCAAGAUUUUUCAUCUCGCUGGCUUAUACUGCUGCUGAUUCAAGCAAAUCAAAAUUUUUCAAAACUAUUUCAGUUUAUUUUAAUGCUGACAUGAUCCUAGGUGAUUAAAUCAUUAUUAGUAAUAUUUAUGGCACUAAAGGAACACUCUAAAACACCUAGAAUGUUCUCACUUGAUUAUGCGCUUCUGGUGUAUUCUCAAUUGCUCAAUUCAUAAUUUCUAUUAAAUCAAAUCAGCACUUUCAUGAUUAUUCCCAGUUACACCUUUUGAGCUGCCAAUUAAACACAUGUGCGGCUGGUCCCCAAGGCUUCUAAGUGAAAAACCUCUGAUUGAUCAAAAUGGGAAUUCUUGCAGUAGGUGCAGAUACAAAAUCUGCAGCAAUUGUAAGGUACAUUUAACUAAGCUACAGAGUUACAUGUGUGUUUUACCUGGGCGUAUAUCUACUAAACUGUUAAGAUACAAAAAUGUUUUCAAGGGUAUUUCUUUAAAGACAACAGCCAAGCUUUACAGAGCUUUUUUGCUAACUAGAGUUUAUAUGCUAAACAAAUUAUGUUUCCCUACUACAGGGUUUUGUUUAAUUUUCUUUAAAAUGUCUUCGAAAUAUCCAUUCCCAUUUUCUCACAAUGAAGUCUAUGCUUGUGUUAUGUUAUGUUUUGUUUUACAUUCCAAGGCAAUACAUGUUUACCUUACAGAGAAAAUAGCUAGCCUGCCACAGCCCAAUUCUGUCCCUCUGCAUUGUUUUACUAUUCCACAGCCCAUGGCUGAAGGCUACUAUUUACCACAUUUGUGGUAACGGGUGGGUGGUGGGUGGGCAGAGUUUUUUACCUGCUCAAGUUAUUAUCCUCUCAUCUAUCAUAAAUCGGGUAAAGGAUUUAGGAAAGAGCUCAGAUCUCUCUCAUAACACUGGCGAAAGAUAAAUUGCAUUGAUGAACUAUCAACAUAUUUUUUAUUCAAUUUCUGCCUGGCAUGAUUGAAAUCAAUGAAUACAUUUCUGGAAAUCCACCUGAAUUUCCAUAUGCAUGGAUGCUCAAGUUUAGUACAAUAUAUAUAUGCAUAGUAUAUAGAAUGCCUUCUUCUAAUCACUAACUGGGUCAUUCACAACAUUUUUAAUUUUAGCAAAUUCAAUCUGAAUGGCAAAUUAAGGAUAACAUAGCUGAUUUGUGAAAAAUAUCUUCAACUCAUCUGUAGACAUGACUUGGUUAAUUAACCUCAGUUUUGCAAUUUAAAAUUAAUUCACUGGAAUUAAGUUUAGCAGAGAACACUGUAAGUGUCCUAAUCAGUUUUAACAGUAGGUACAUACUUAUAUGUAGAGAUAGAUAAACAUUAUAUUAUAUUAUGUAUUAUGUUUUAUUGUGAUUUCUUCAAUCUAGCCUAUAUUUUUUUAUCUUCUAGCAUGAGUAUAUAUUACCUAAAUGCCACAUCAAAAGCAUACCAGGCAUCAAAUUUGGAACUGAAGAAGAAGCUACAAAAUGUAAGCAUGAAUAAGUUAUUUUAGCUGGAGCUCAUUUCAUAGGCUAUUAAUACUAAAUAUGGUACAUUGCUCUUGUCUGUAAACUAGCAAGCUGAAGAAAAUAAAAAGAGAAGUAAGAAAGCAGCAGAAAAAGUCAUAGAAGUACAAAAUGAAUCACCCUUUCCAUCUUCUAAGUCAACGGAAUCAGGCAAUUCCCCAGGUAGGUUUCUUAAGAACCCUCAUACAUAGCAUCAGCAGCAAGCACAUUAUGUGUUUGUAAGCAACCACAUUUAUAUUUAUUUAACUACUGUUCAUAGCAGUUCUUAGCUUUUUUUGUUACAUUUUAGCACCAACACAGGAAAAUGUGACUUUGCAGACAAUCACAUAUAUUAGAAUUAUAUUAAAAAUAUGUAGCUCAUGAAAAUUACACACAGACAUAUAAAAAAAUUAACUUUCUCGUCUCGAGUGGUAUUUUUGUGUAUUACACAUUCUCAGAUUCUGUACCACAGGCCAUGGAGUUUGAGGGUACUACACAGUAUCUUAGCUGCUACUAGAACUGCACUCUUCUGGACAGAGAUCUCAGAUGUCCUACCUGGGAUCUCUCCCCCAACUUGGAGGUCACAGCCCUGAGUCCUCCUGUCACAACUGGGACUACUCCUGCCUUUACUUUCCACAUCCUUUCUAGCUCCUCUUUCAGAACCUUCUCAGGUUCUCCUUUCUGAUGUUAUGGUCACAGGGUAUUGCCACAUCCACCACCACUGCAGUCUUUUCUGUUCCUUGUCAACCAACACAAUUAUAGGUUGGUUGGCCACUACUUGCUUGUCUGUCUGGAUCUGGAAGUCCCACAAGAUUAUAACCUUGUCAUUCUCAACUACCCUUUACGGUAUCUCAUCACAUCUGAACUUAGGUGGGUCCAGCUCACAUUCUGUGCCGAUAUUUUGGUAAACAAUCCCAGCAACUAGGUUGUGCAUUCCAGUGUAUGCUUGUACCCAGCUACUGUAUGCUGGAUUGUCUCAGAGGCCUAUUUGCUCAGUCUGCAACUUGGGUCUUGUCUGGUGUGGUAUAACCCCUGCUUCUGUUAAUCUGGUGCUAAGUGCUUUGUCUUGUGCUGGGAUUAGUGCCCCUGUGAUGUCUUUCAGUCUUGCAUUCACUGGUAGGAUUUCAAAAUGUGAGCCACAUCCACUAUCUGCCAGAUAGUGGUUUGCUUUGCCAUGGAACCUCCACCUUUUCUGCUUCCUAUAUCUGUUUUUGCAUCAGAAAUUCCCUUAGCAGCUCAUCUUUGGGAACCAUCUUCAUGAUAUACUUGUUGAUUUGAUAUUCAUCAAGUCCCGACCUCCUUCCUUCUGGAUGGUGUACAGUCACUGGUUGCUGGAUUUCAGGUGGGAUUCUCCUUUCAUGAUGAGUAGUUUCCAGAUCUUGCCAUCCAUGGUGAUAAGGUAUUUUCUUGGUCUUCUCUUCUCUUCUCUAUUAUUCCACCUGAGCACCUGAUGACUUUUGAGCUUGCCAUUGAGCUGGGACUCCAGCACCCAGAGACUGUACACCAGACAGAAAGGAGAUACGUGUCAAGGCCACCGUCCCCGAUGAAACACAAAUAGUAUCCACAUACUGAAUCCACAGUACAUAAUGAAAAUGGCUCCCAAAGAUGAAUUGCUAAGGAUAUGCCAGAGGAUGUAGAAAAGGAGUAAGGUCCAUGGCAAGACAAACCUCUCCAUGGGGUGAACCACGGUUAAAUAGUGGAUGUGGCUUACAUUACAAAACCAGCGGUUGGAAAAUACAGGAUUGAAAAACAGUACUGAGACACUAAUCCUGGCAGCUCAGAAACAGGUACUCAGCAGCAGAUCAAUAGAAGCGGGGGUAUACCACACUAAACAAGACCCAAUGUGCAGACUGUGCAAAUAGGCCUCUGAAACAAUCCAAAUGAUUAGGUUGAUUAUUCUAUAGUAAGGGUGGAGUGUUUACAAUGUCCAGUUAAUGGGUCAAUGAAAGGAAGAAGUCUCUUGCUUCAUGGUACAAGUAGUAGUAAGGAGGAGAGGAGACUUAUUUUUACUAUGUGCGUUAUAGGUAUUCAGACCAAGUAAAUUUCAGCCCCUUGUUCAUGAACAUUAGACUUGUAGGGUUAGUAAUAUUAUUUUUCUUUUUCCCUCCCUUAACCCUACUGUACAUACCAGUGUGAGAACUUAGUUUAAUAAUGAUUAAUUGUAUUCUUUUUUCAUUUUGUAAAAAUGGAGAGCAGUCUCAUUUUAAGUUGAAAAUAAAGGAUUUAUUCAAAACUGAAAUUAAAAAGUCAGUGGACAGCUGACCACCCACUGGCCUUUUCCUCCCAGACAAGAAUAACACUUUCCCACAUAUUCAGUCUGUAGCAGUAGUGACCGUUCUUUAGUGUAGAAAAAACACAGUGCUCUAUUAGCUUAUUCCAGCGGCAUCUGCAGUGGAAGCAGGCAUAGCCACAAUGCAAGACUCAGUCAGGCAGGAUGAAACCACUGCAAUGAAAAGCAUUAGAAAAAACAGGUAGUCUCAGCAGCAGAAUAAAUGUAAUUUAAUUUGUAAACGUUUUGUAAAAUCUGGUAGUGAAUAGAAACAAUUCAAACAACUUUGAAAGGAGAAGUGUAUUGCCAAUUGGAUUUCUGCUAGCAAAUGAUGACUCUUCAGGUAUCAAAGUGAACCCAAGUUGGUUGGAUUGAACUUUAGAAAGACUAUUUCUCAUUCAUUGUUGAGCAUUGUCGAUUCAAAAUGUUCCCUGUAACAGAAAACAAUUGCUCACUUUGGACAUUUUGGACAGUUUUGAAGGCCAUGGGCUGGCUGGGAGGCUGUCAGUGAGGGGCACUGCCAUUAUUGGCAAAGCCACAUGGAGACCAUCCAUCGUGUUUAUAAGGUGAGCUUACAAGGGGAUGACCUGUCCCAAACUGGCAUUACUGUGACUCAAAUUUUCUGUUAUGAAAAACAUAGCAUCAUAGAAUGUGAUGGGCAGAUAAGAGCCAUUCUGUCCAAUUUUCUAAAUACUCUCAUUAGUUCACAGCCUUAUCUUAUAGCUAGUAUAGCCUUAUGCAUAUUCCACGCAUGCUUAAACUCCUUCACUGUGUUCACCUCUGCCACUCCAGCUGGAAGGUUAUUCCAUGCAUCCACUACCCUCUCAGUAAAGUACUACUUCCUGAUAUUAUUUGUAAACCUUUGCCCCUUUAAUUUAAGAUCAUGUCCUCUUCUUAUGGUAGUUUGUCUUCUUUUAAAUAUAGUCUCCUCCUUUACUGUGUUAUUAUUAUUAUUAUUAUUAAUAUUAUUAUUGCCAAUUAUAAAGCGCCAACAGAUGCCGUAGCUCUACAAUAUUUUGAGAGGGGGGAUGUAACAAUAAAUAGGACAAUUACAAGAAAACUUACAGGAACAAUAGGUUGAAGAGGACCCUGCUCAAACGAGCUUACAGACUAUAGGAGGUGGGGUAUUAGAAACAUUAGGACAGGAAAUAUCAAGUAGGAGUGAAGCAGAGCUGGAGGAGAGAGCAAAGCACUGUCUCAUAGGAGAGAGCAGGAGACAGGUAAGGUAGAGAUUACUCUGGCCUGAAUACUGGCCUACUGCCAUUGGAAAGGAGAUAUACCCUACCACCACUGGAGAACCCCUUUUUGAGGACAUCCAAGGACCCUCUACAUAUCCAUAGGCGGGGAUUGUACCGUCCAGGCGCUCAUAUCUGGAGCUGAGUAUAGGCUCCAGAAAAUUGUAAGUGCAAUUCCUUUCCCUUCAUUUACUAUCACUUAAGAUCUCAAUAUACUACACUAUAUCCGUGUCUUUUUCCUUCCCUCCUCCAUAUCGCUCUGAGCAUGGGAAUUCCUUCACAGAUGCUACUCCCUGAUCCUACUAUUUUUCUACUUUACCUAAAGCAUUUACACACCUACAUAGAAUCAAUCUUACAGAGAUUUAACCAUGUUACCAUCUCUGUCGUGACCACAAACUUAAUGUGCCUACUUGUGCAUGCCUGCUCUCCCAACUAUUUUUAUACCAUUCAUCUGAUUGACUGCAAGAUGUUUGCUGAAGUGUGCUUCAGCAUGUAGCAAGACAUAUAAAUAGCCCUGCUUCCCUAAAAAAUCACCCCAGUUUAACAUGUGCUACAUCCACUGCUACCACUAUGCCCAGGCACCAGGGGCUGCUACAUGUAUGCCAUAAAGGAAAGGAACUCAUGCUGGCCACUUGGAAUACUCCAUAAAUCUAUGGUGAAGUGCACCCACUGACCUACAGCCUUAGCCAGCUGCUCCUUCACUAGAAUAACAGGAAUGGAACUAUCUUCCUGCUGAAUGUGAAUCAUGAUGGAAGUAUGUUUUGAACUUCAGCUCCAUUAGUCCCUAUGUUACUUCAGGCCUGAUGCUAGGUAAUUUACUAAACACUGGAUUUUGUCUAAAGGGACAAAUUCGGGUGAAAAUUGCCAAAUUCCUACUGGAAUAGCAAGUCUCACAAUUACUAAAACUUAUUUCACUUGAAAUAGUCCAAGCUGUCUAAUCUGCAAAAAUCUUUCAGAUGCAUUAAAUAUGCAUUUUAAAAUUACUGCUUUUCGCAUCCAAAACCUGUACAAAAUAUAGGAUUAAAAAUAUUUUUAAAGCGUCAAUUUUAAUAUAAAGUAAGAAUGAAAGGAAUUCACUAUACCCCCUGCCAUGCAGCAGGUGGGAGCAUACCUAUUAAAUAGUGAGUAUCAAGUGGCUGCUCACUGUAACUAUAAACUAGUGACUGGUCAGUUAAAAAGGACCUAUUCACAUAACAAAAUAAGACCUAUUUUCCCUCUUUAUGAAGGAAAGUAUAGCUGUUUAUUUGUUCCUUUUUCCCCCCUACUGUUGGUCCCUUCAUUUGAUCUGGGAAUAAAAUCAACAUUUAAUGCCUGUCCCCUAACAAGCAAUCAUCCUUUUUCAUAUCUCUUUAUUGGACAGAAGAUUCAAUACACAUGAUUGGGAAGACCUCUUGUCCAUCACUCGAAACUAAACUUGUUAUCUGAUCCCACUCAAAAGGAAAAAAAAACUGCCUCUUCUCCAUUCCAACCCACCUCUUUUUCUGCUGCUAGACACAGAACUCUGAAUUAAGCACCAAGCCAAACACAUUAAGUCUUUCAUGAGUUAUUUUUCCCUAGGUUCUCAUGGUGGAUUUCUACUGAUCACCCAGUCAGCCUGAAUUCGUCUCAGUUGUCAUGCAUUUGGAAACAAAUCUUCAAGUCUAUUUUACAGCAACUAGUAAAUAAACCUUAGUAUCUAUAUUUGGGUAAUAUAUGAAAGCCUGUCGUGUCUAUUUUAAAUAUUUUUUUAGCUUACUAUGUCCUCUUAUUUGACUAGAGUAUUAGAUAACUUCUCCUCCUGAAGUGCUGGCAGCACUGUACACAAUGAGUCCUCCAAACAUCUGUGUACUAUAUGAUGAGUUGACAUCAUUUACAGUCUCUCUAUGCAAGACAAAGGGGCAGCAGGUGCCCCAUCAAAGUAAUUUGUUUCCUAACUAGGAGAGGAAUAGCAUGAGUGGAGGUUAGCAUUUAAAGAUUCCCAAAGCACUUCACAUUGCUAAAGUGCUUUAUGUGUGAUUAGUCUACUUUCUUUUUUUCCAUUCUACAAAAAGUUCAGAAUUAAAUAGAGAUGGCACUUUCAUAAAUUAACUUUGUUUUAUCUCCACGGCUGUCAGACAACACAUCCUGUUACUUCCUGGUUUGGGUAGCUCAGUGGAGCUAAAUUCAAGAGGCAUCAACUGCCCAAAGCACAGGCCUAGUAAUAACUCAUUAAUCUGCAUUUACAAGUCUGUGAUCAGACAGCCAUAUAAAGUCUGGACAGGGUUAGAAAGGUGGGCUUGCAAAGGCAUCAGGCAAUAGAUCUGCCACUGUUGCAAGCUGCUUUUUUAUAUACCACCAAUGUAAAAAUGCAUAAUUAAAUGCAUUAAUGUUUUCAAUGUGGUUAUAGUUACUAAAUAAUGAUAUAAAUAAAAAAUGAUAAAGUCUCAAUAAAAAUGACACUGAGAACUGGUUUUUAAACAAUAUAAGGGAUACUUAAUACAUAUUGUAACUUUAAGAAACCAGCACUGAGCAUUAGUAAAAAAAGAUUGUCCAUUAAUCUAUAAUAUGGUAUAUUGUAUAUUUUAUAUAUAGAUACCAAAUAAGUGCCACAAAAAUUUAAUAAAAUUAAAAUACUUUAUUGGGAUUCUAUAGAAAGACGAAAUGGCACUAUAGAUGGACUAUCAAAAUCAAAAUUAGUGAAGUAGAAAAAAAUGGAUCAAAUAUCUAUGGAGGGGAGGACCAAAAUCUAAAAUAGGAAUAUGAUAUCUAACCUCAAAACAAUGAGGUAAAAGUUGAUAGUAAUAGAGGCAGGCAGUCAAAACGUCAAAUAAGGGGAUAUAAAUAUAUAGGUGUCAAAUAGAUCUGCCCUAUUACUCCUAUAUUGGAGUGUUCUAUACUGAGCACUCAAUAUUCUGUGCUGUCCCCACUAAUAUAUAAAAAGGCAAAAAGCCACCCAAUCAGGAUAAUUGGACAGAACAGCAUAUACAAAAGGAGAAAAUAUAGAGCAGGAAAUAUAUAUUCCCUGCAACUCCUAAAACAAACACCUUCAAGGGUGUUCUAUACUGUCCCUAAAAAAAAAAAAAAGAGAAAGAGAGAGAAAAUAGAAUGGAUAUUGCUGCCUGUCCCCCCUCCAAUUCGAUAGCUCAGUGCUGAAAACGGAAUACAGCUAAAGUGCUUAACAAGCAAGUGCCACCAUUCGUGAAGAGAGUGUAAGCUAGAUGUGAACCCGACGUGUGUUUCGGUGCUUCUGAUGCACCUUCGUCUAAGGGGCUAAGAAAUACCUUGUGAGGGAGAUUGACUUUUAAAUCCUUAGUAGCCAAUCAUGUUCGUCUCAAAAUUUUCUCGGUAAGUGUAGAGAGGCGUGAUGUAGGUGGAGAAAUUGUAUGCGUGUCAACGCCUUUUGUGACGUACGUGGCCUUUGACUCCACCCCCCUCCACAGACAUACGUGGGAUCGGACGCAUAGAUAGGCGUUUCCAUUCCCACGGAGGCGUUGACACGCAUACAAUUUCAUUUUUAUUAAGACUUUGUCAUUUUUUAUUUAUAUAUUCUAUUUCGGGUACAGGCCCUCUAUUUGGUGGAUCUGGAACCACCAUUCUGACCUAUAUGAGUUCCACUCUCACAGUUUUGUGAGUUGUGGAUACACACGCUCAAUACUUAAAACAUUACUAAAUAAUGAUUUGUUUUUGGGGCGAUUUGGGAGGUGGAGUGCCCUUUUAAGUUCAAUUUUACUUUUAGCAUCACCUUUUCUCUGCACUAUAUACUUAAUGAGUGCCCCUGCCUAGAUCAGGAGAAGGCAACCUCUGGCUCUCCAGAUCUCCCAUAAUGCUCAAACAGAUAAACGUGUGUGUUGUAUAUUAAAACAUGCAGGUUCUGCACAGGAAAAAAGUGGGACAUAUCUUGACCAUAAUUUUUUUUUUUAAAUCAUUUUUUUUUCUUUCUAAAGAAGAGGCAUACUUUAAAAAUAGUGGGAAAAUAUACAUAAAAUAGAUAUGUAAAAUAUUAUUUGAAAAUUGCAUAUGUAAACAUUUCUUUCUUCCGUAAUAUAAUUUUAAAUGUUUUACAAAACUAUUUAUAUCACUGUAUGUUUUUUGUUCUUUAGAUAAAAAGGGAGGUGGUGAGGCAGGGAAAAAAAAUGCUGGAGCAAAGAACUUGGAAGUCCCUCCUCGUAUAGCUGUGACAAAGCCACCAGGUCCAUCUGGAACAUCUCAGAAACCUCAAGUGGGUCAACGAGGUUAA